GUGUGCACUGUUCGUGUGUGUGUGUGUAGAAGCCAGUAACAUUCCCGCGAUACACUACUUCAAGGAAAUGAAUUUUUCUUUUGGAUAAAAUCUGUUGUCCUUCUAUUGUCUUUGGAAUUAAAAUCACUGCAGCUUUAUGUUUAAAAAAGCCGGUAACAUUACUUAGGGUUGCUUGUGAGUGAGUUCAUAUUAUGGCCUAUCAAGGGGGAGUCACUCACCCCCAUAAUGCUUCAUUUCGAAGUGAUAGGGACCAGCGGACAAUACCUCCAUCUUACAGUGGCUCUGCCCCACCUGGUUUACCUAGAGACGGGGGAGGUGCAGGAAGCUUUCGUGAUACAAGACCGCACGGGCCCUAUAUGAACCAAGGAAAUCUUCAAGACCCCAACACAUCCUUUGGCAGCCAGGGGCGUUUUUCAGAUGUGCAGGAUCCGAACACAUCUAGAAGUAGUAUAAGGAAGGGUCCUAGUGUCCCAGCAAGGGUCGAUUCCAGACAUGGCUCUCUUCGGCGGCAGCAGGAUUACAAUUCUGGAGGCGUUGCUGUCCCAAGUGGCAUAUUCGUCAGUAAUCAAGGGCAAGGAUCUAAUUACCAACAGCAGUUUGAGAAUCCUGAAUAUUACCAGAUUGGGCAGAACCAGCCUAGUUCUAGACCUGGUAGCACUAGGAGCAGCGCAGCAUACACUCCCCAGCAGCCACCUGAAUAUUAUCAGCUGCAGACUUCCCCUAAACAUUCUCCAAGAGAUUCUGGAUAUCAGCCUACUCCAACCGGUACACUUCAAAAGAAAGAUUCACACAGAAUGAGCAGUCAAAGGGAUUAUGAUGGUGUUAUUAAGAGGCAGAGGAGUUUCCAAGAAGCCCAAGAUAGGCCGACAUCACGUGCAGGCAGCGUUCAAAGCGCAGGGGCUGGAACUCACAGGAGUACUGGAAGCAGCAUUUAUGGAUUGCUAGCUGAAGGUCAUGGUUUGAACAGUGAACAUCUCAGGAACUUACUUCAACACGGCUUUGUUCUUCUGACUGGUGGAAGAGACACCCAAGGGGGUCCUAUCAUCACUCUGCCAUCUAUGCAAAACAGAAAUGACCCAAGCCCUGAUGAGCUGAUCACCUGUUUGAAAUACCUCAUUCAAAUACCUAGUGAAGAGACCAAGAAAAAAGGCUAUUCUGUGGUAGUGGACACUAGAGAUGGCUCCUGGGCCAACCUAGGCAUGGUCAUGUCAUGUUUGAAGCAAACAAUUGGAGGCUAUUUGAAGCAAGUUCUUGUGCUUGUCAUGGAUUUUGAUAAAAGGUUCAAUUUGAGCAGAUCUUCAAGUUCUGAACCACUUUUUGUAACAAUUAGCCUUCUGCAUAGAUACAUUGAUACCAAGCAGCUGACCACUGACCUUGGAGGUCAAAUGGAGUACUACCAUGACAUGUGGCUGCAUACACAAUGGAAUUAUGAGAAUUUCAUGAAAGACUCUAGAGAAGUAAUUGAGUACUUAGACAGACAAGAGGUAGAAAUUCAACAUUCCUAUGAUUCCAAUGUCAGAUCUGACCCUCCAUCGAGUCCUCUUGAAGCUCUCAGAAAGCAUCGCCAGUUUAAAGAGUCCAUCAAAGAGAUGCCCGUUGAAGUCAUCAGACAAGGUCAAGAACUCCUGACAACUUUGUCAGAAAACCGAUUAAGUGGAUAUAGUGACAAUCAAGGCUUCGUACCAACAUUGGACAACUUAGAAGUUCAAAAGCAGGUUAAAAGAGUCCUCCAAUACUUAACCAAUAAAGUGGACAAACUGCAAGAUUACUUGGAAGAUAAGGAUCGUUCUAUGAACUCUAGCAUACAGUAUGAAGAAUGGAAAAGAAAUAUUAAGACAGUCAUUAAUUGGGUACUUGGUCCUGGAGAAAAACUUUUGGCUUCCCAAAGUGACAUUGGAGACUCUUAUGAAUCAGCCGAGGAACUGAGGAAGAGACAUGAAGAAAUGGAAAUUAAGUGUACAGACACAUAUGGGCAGUACGCAGAGCUGCGGCACACUGCAGAAGAGAUCCUGAAAGAGGGCUUGACUGCUGAGGAUGACCUCAAGGCAGAGAGGGACUACAUGGACACAGUGUGCAGAAGUUUUGCCUCCAGACUGGACAGAAGGCGGACAUUGCUGAUCACAUCUGUCAGGUUCCACAGGUUUGCAGAAGAUUUUUCUCAGCUACUUGAUGAGCUUCUAGUAGUCUUGUGUAGUGACAUCCAGGCAGACACUGUGGAGAGUGUGGAAGAGGCCAUGAAGACUUUACAAGACAAAUGUGAUGCUUGUGAUAAAAUAGCUGAGGAAAGUCUUAACGAUGGCCAGAGUUUACUGGAUGAGAUGUCUCGUCCAAUCAAAAAUGCUUUUGGCAAAGACAUCACUCCCGAUUACUCUAGCAAGAUCAAGGACAUCAACAAGAGGCUUGGUGACCUGCAGGAGAGAAAGUUGAGGUGUGAUGAGCUGGCUGAUGUUAGGAAGCUCAAACUGCAACAGUUUCUUCAGCUCAGGACUUGUGAGCGGGACACAGACCAGGCUAUAGAUUGGAUCAAUGAACUUUGUGAUGUCAUGGUAACAGAACAAACAGAUCUUGGAAGGAACUCUGAAGAAGCAGAGGCACUCCAUGAGCAGCAUAAGAAGUUUGCUGCCACAGCUGAAGGCACCUAUGAUUAUGGCAAAGGCCUUCUGCAGGCUGCCUUGGUGUUGAGGCGCUCCUUGAGACAGGAUAUAGAGCCAAACAAUGAGCAGGCCAGAAGACUGGAGGAGGCCUGGAAGAGAUUUUCUCAGGGCACCAGUGAGCAAGCCAACCGCUUGACAGUUUGUGCUAUGUUUUUCAAUGAGUCUGAUAAGCUUAUGAAUGAAAUGGAAAAUUUCAUUACUGCCUGUGCAAGAGCUCUCUCAGGGGAAGAUAACUUGAAUGAUGCUGUCAAGAAUCUGCCUCUGCCCAAAGCUCAGUUGGGCAAAGAUUUUGAUAAUGCUUCCAGAAUGGGACAAGCCCUGAUUGAAAGGCUUUCAAUGCCAAUUAUACUGUCAGAAGGUAAUGAGAAGAAACUAGCCAUUGAUGAGGAAGGAGCAGCUGACAUGGUAGGUAGCCAUCUGAGAAAACUGGACAAAAGGAUGUCAGAGGCUGACCACUUCUGGGAUGAAGUAUUGAAAGCCCACAAUGAUCCCAACUUUCAAACAAAACAUUUGGAACGUCAGCCCUCAGAGAGAAGGAAAGAGAAACCAGGGCAGAAACCAAGACAGAGAACACCUUCUGAAAGAAAACGUCGCAGUGAUCCUUUUGGUAUUGCUUCCAGACGAAGAGUGCAGGAUGGGCAGUCUCCAACUCAACUAACACCUUCAUUAAAUGAUGCUGAUAAAAUGAACAAGUCUUAUGAUGCUGCAACUCUGCCUAAUAAUGGAUAUGCUAAAGACCGCAGAGGUCUUAAUAGAUCAUAUGAUAGCAGUCCAGGGGAUCUGCAGGGUCAGGAUGAUCUUGAUGGUUCUCCAAGCUACAGAUCUUCUGUGAUGGACCAAAGACUAAGAGUUGUCCCAACACCAACAGUGAGGAAGACAGUCCAGGCAAAGCUCCAGCAACAGCAGCAGCCACGGUUGGACCUUAAUCAAGGGAAAAUCGUUGCUACGCAGACACCCACUUAUGCCAAUGCUGCCCCACCAUCAGAGGUGUAUGACCCACUAUACAGUAACCAGCCUGUUCAGCCCAGGCAACACAAAGACAUCCUCGGACUGGACUGGCUGUCACCGAUGUACAAUCCCAGAUCAUCAUUAGCUGAUCAGCUUCACCAGAGUUCAGAAUGGGUCCGGGUCAGAGUUCACCAGAUGGAACCCGACCUGAUGGACGUGGGCUCCAAUCUGGAGGAAGCCCUCCAGUUACAGAGAGAACACCAACAACUCAUGGCCAGGCUAAAGUCAAAAGAAGAUGAAGUCCAACAGCUUUUAAGAAAUCUUGAUGUCCAGGCAGAUCAAAACAGAUCUCAGGUGGAUGUCCAUAAUGCAAUGGCAGACACACUGGCAGAAGCUUGGAAGGACCUUAAUGACAAAUUAGCCUAUAGAGGAACUCUACUGGACCAAAGUGUAUCAUUCCAUCAGAGUGCUCAGGAUUUGGCCUCAUCGAUGGAACAAGCACAGAAGAAUUUCUCCAAAGUUCCACUAGCCACAGACUUGGAAACAGCACAGAGACUACUAGAUCAACAUCUUGACAUGAAAAACAGUAUUUUAGAGACAUCCAAAGCCACACUGGACAUGGGACAGUCCCUGCUAGACCAGAUUAAAGAGAUGGGUAUGCAUGCGGACUUUGCCAACCUCCACGCCACCACUGCAGCCUGCUAUGGCAUUGAACACCUUCUGGAGCUGCUGCAUGAUCGCAGACGCCACUUGGAAGAGUUAUGGAACCAACGCAAGAUCAGGCUAGAACAUUGUUUGCAGCUAUGUCAGUUGGAUCAGGAGGUCAAUAAGAUCUUAGAGUGGUACCGUGGAGUAGGCAACAACUAUUUACAGAAUACAGAACUGGGCUCCUCCUACCUGGAAGCCCAACACAUACAGCAAGACCACAACCAGUUUGAGGCCAGAGCCAGAGAAAUACAAGACAACAUGCUUGGACUUCUCAGGACAGCUGAUGGACUUCUGCGUCGAGCAAGUGUUGAUGCCGAGGGUAUCCGUCAGCGCCUCAUUGUAGUAGACCGCGAGGCAGAAAGCUUCUCAAACCGCCUUGACAACAGACGUAAAAACAUCAGCAUGGCGGUUGCUUUCUUCAGAUUCGCUGAGACGGCUCUAAAUAAACUAGGAGAUGUGGAGUUCCAGCUCAAUAACAUGGAUCUCCCAAGAAACAGCACAGAACUGGCGGAGCAGCAUUCACGCUUGUCUCAGGCCAUUGUUGAUUACUCAACCGAAGCCACACACGAGGGUCGACUGCUACUUGAGAGGGUCAGUAGCACAGACCACGGUGCGGAUGGCGUGAGACGAAAGAUGGAUGAGCUCCUCACCAAGUGCAGUCAACUGGAGUCACUGUGCAAGGCCAGAAGAGCUGAAGCCUGGCAGAGAAGUCAGGAGUAUUUGGUUUACCAUGAGAAAUACAACAGCCUUCAAACCUGGCUGCUCCAAAUAGGACAAAACAUUGUAUCCCACCACAAUUCCAUGGGAGCCACACUUGCCAGUGCUAAGGACUUUUUAGAAGUACAUGAACAAUUAGAUGAGGACAUUCGGGACAAGGUUGCUGAGUUAUCAGCUCUGUCUUCUGCUGCUUCCAGACUGGUACAAACAGGUGACCAGGCAGGGCAGCAGGCUUUAGAGAAAGCUCAAGAGAUUGAGUGCCAGUUCCAGAGACUCCAAAAAAUUGUUGAGACUCGCAUUCAUCUUGCCUUGUUAUAUGUCUCAUUUCAUCGACUUGCACAGCAGCUAUCCAGUAACCUUGAUGGACUGGAACACAUUGUACGUUCAGAGACAGAAGAUCUCCAGGAGAUAACUGACACUGCCGUGCAAAAUUUGCGUGAUAUGUUUUCGAACACAAGACACAUUUUCGACGACCUCAAUCUUAAGGGGAACGAAUUUUUGCAAAAUGCAACUAUGAUUUCUGAUGACUCAAGCUUGGACUUGCGUAGCUCUGUCCAAACUGUUGAAAGAAUUUUGUCUGAUGGCCGCUUCAAUGCAGUGGUCAAUUACUGGGAAGCCUGGGAACAGCAUGUCUCUUCUAGCAAGCAGUUCAAAACCCAGUGGCAUCAGUUCAUACAAGAAGCCAGAAGGACUAUUGAUAAUGUAAUGAAGUUAGAGAAAGACUUCUUCUUGCCUUACGUCUCUGGCACACUGGGCAACACUGCACAAAAGGCCAGAGAACUCCAAGAGAAAUUAGACCAAUUUGUGCCCAUUGCUAAGGAAGCUCAAGCUAAAAUUGAAGAGCACAUCAAGACUGCAGAGCUUCUUGGAUUAAAGGGAGAUACCAAGGGGCAGAAAGAUCAGAUCAUCAAAGAGCUGAUCAAAGUGCACCAGAGAUUCCAGGCUAGAAUCAAUGAGUACCAAUUACUUCUGAAGAUGACUAUUGAAUUCUACAAGCACAUUGGGCAGCUUGAUGAAAUGAUUGAAAAAACAGAGAAGGAGUACCUUCACUCAAACCUGCCAAGUGAUCUAAACCAAGCAGAGUCUAUGUUAGAACAGCAUAAGCGCAAGAAGACUGAGGUCUCACACCUUAUCAACUACACUGCCGAGGAGGGCGAUAGAAUUGUGCGGCGUGUGCGCCAGCAAGAUGCUAGUGCCGCUGCAUCUGAUGACAUCCGCCAUGUUUUGGAUGUUACAGCUGAUACCAGACGUCGAUGGGAUGAAUCAUGGGAAGAGCAGGAACGACGUCUGAGACAAAACCUGCAAAUCUGUCAGUUUAAUUUUGACCUUAGACAGAUCCAUUCAGAAAUUGAUCAACUACACCAACAUUUACAAUCCAGACGAGGAAACUAUGGAACCUCUUUACCCAAUGCACAAAUGACUUCUCAAGCAUUCAAAGAGUUUGAGAAAACUGUUGAGGUCAUUGAAGACAAGAUUGACAACUUUAUCAGCACAGCUGAACUAAUGGUACAGGAUGAGCACUAUGACUCAGACAACAUCAGACGUGAGGCUGACGUCCUGCGCAACAAGUGGAGCUCUUUCCAUGCUGGAGUGAAGGAUUACAGAAAUCAGUUAGAUUCCAGCAUACUCUACUUCACUUUGAUUGAGGAGUGUGAGCAGUGGAUGAGAGAAGGUAGCCAACUCUUAAUUGAGACAGGCCACCAGGCGCCCCAAUGCAGGACAUCACAACAAGCUGAUAACCUCAUCAAAAACUUGGAGAAGUUUGUAGAGAAAGGCAAAAACAAACAAGAGGAAAGGUUGCAGAAAAUAUCUGAGCUGGCAGUCAAACUUUAUGGUGACCAAGGGCCCACCAAAGUGAGACCUCUAGUUAUUCAGUAUCAAGAUAUGAUGCAAUCAUUUGAACAAGCUGAUAAUGAACUAUCCAAUUUAAAAGAUAAUUUAGAAGGGAAAUCACCUGUUUCUGUUGAAGAGUUUAUGCCCAGAGAUGUGAGUGCAAGAGUAGCUGCCCCUCAGCCCAAAGUUAGACCCCCCAAGAUUCUCCAGCACUUGAAGAACUCUGAAGUGAUGGAGGGGGAGAAAUUCACUUUUGAAUGUAAAGUGGACAGUGACCAGGUGCCAGAAGUACGCUGGUACAAGGACAACUUGCCCCUAACAAGCCCUGACUAUGAAACACGGUUUAUGAAUGGAACAGCAACAUUGACCAUUGAGGAGACUUUCUCAGAGGACACUGCCCGCUACACUUGUCGCUUCACCAAUGAUGCAGGAAUGGCUGAAUCUUCAGCCUAUCUGACUGUUAAAGAAACCCACCAGCAGAUCAUGCCCCCAGAAUUCACCAAAAAUCUGAAGUCAGUGGACCUUCCUGAAGGUUCUCCCCACUGUUUGGAGUGUCAUGUGGUGGGAAUCCCAUCUCCAACAGUUUCCUGGUAUAUGGAUGACAUCAACAUUGACAACUCACCAGAGUUUGUCAUUACCAAAAUCAAUGGCACAUGCACCCUAAAGAUACGUCAGUCACAGCGCCAUCACAGUGCACGCUACACCUGCCGUGCCUUAAAUCCUGGUGGCGAGGCUUCAUCAUCCGCCAGGCUUACAGUCAUACCCACUCAAGUACCCACAAUCCAACAGCCUCUCCAGGAUGUCUCUUCCUUUGAGGGCAAACCUAUUCACCUGGAGAUCAGAUUCAUGGGGGCACCGCCACCAGAGGUUAUCUGGUUCAGAGGCAGCAAUCGCAUUGUACCUACCAAUAAUUAUAAAAUCACUGUCAGCACAAACUUCUCAUCUUUGGAUAUUCGUGAAGCAUAUUCUGAAGACUCAGGUUCCUAUACUGUGAUAGUACGCAACAUUGCUGGGGAGGCAACUUCUGUCUGCCAGGUUGUCAUUGAACCAUUCUUAUCCAGCCCAGGAGAAGCCUCCCAAGCUUCAGCUGAGAUGGAAGCUAGACAGCCUCAGUUUGUACAGAAACUCCCACCAACUAAAGAAGUUCCUGAAGGCACAAAAGUCAGACUGGACUGUGUACUUGUUGGACACCCAGAGCCAGAGGUGAUCUGGUUAAAAAAUGACAAGCCAGUCAAAGAGUCUCCAGAUAUAACUCUUCUCUUUGAAGGUGAUAGGUGCACACUUAUCAUCAGAGAAGCUUUGCCCAAUGACAGUGGUUACUUUAAAUGUGCAGCUAAAAACCCACUGGGUAUUGCAGAAACAAGCUGCAAGCUUCAUGUUGAACCUGUGAGUGAGAUGUCUGAUGUAUCCAUCUCUGAAGUCUCAGCUCCACAGUUCACCCAACCUCUCAGGGACCAACAGGUCAAGUCUGGCCAGCGGGUGUGUCUACAGUGCAGAGUUAGUGGCCAUCCAAUGCCCACUGUUACAUGGUAUAGAGACAACCAUUCUUUAGAAAGCUCUCCAGAUUUUCAGAUUACUGCCUUUGCUGAUGUCCAUUCUUUGACCAUACCUGAAGUGUUUGAUGAGGACAGUGGAAGCUACACAGUCAAAGCUGUGAACAGGGCUGGCGAAGUCAGCUGUGCAGCUAAAUUGACUGUUCUCCCCGCACCUGAGGAGGAGAUGAUGGAGAGAAAGAAAAUAAGCAGACGUGAACAGGUUCCUCAGGCCCCACCAGAAUUUAGGAAACUGUUCCAGGACGUUAAUGCUAAGCCAGGAGAUACCGUGACUUUUGAGUGCACUGUCACGGGAGUGCCAAAACCUAAAGUGAGCUGGCAGUUUAAUGGCGAGCCACUGGUCUCACAAGAUUACAUUACCAGCAUGGAAGGCAACACCUACCGCCUCACCAUCCCUGAAGUUUUUGAUGAAGAUGCGGGUAGGUUCUCUGUUUCUGCUGAGAACCCCAGUGGUAAAGCCACUUGCUCUGCUUUGCUUUCUGUUGCUCCACCUCUACCAUUGGUCCCUGCACCAUCUGUUUCUAGAAGCAGCCGGCCAGUCUCAAUGGACAUGUUUGACGGAGGUUAUCCAUCUUGGUCAGAAUCAGAAGUAACACAAACUGUCACAAAAACAGAGAAACGUGUUAGCAGGACUUUCAUGUCAGAAGACCGCUACAUGUCCUCAGGAGGAGAGAGCCAUCAUUCCACGACAUACACCACUGAGGUCAGGCCCAAGAAAGCCAUGACUGCUACAGAAAGGUAUGCUACAACCAUUACCACGGACAUCCCACCAAAGUUCCAGCCAGUGGAUCUCACCAUUGUUGUACCAGUGCCACCUAAUUUCCUCCAGCCAUUGAAGAGUCUUCAAGCCACAGAAGGAACAAAAGUGACUUUUGAAGGAGUUGUCACAGGUAAGCCAGAACCUGUCAUUCGAUGGUACAGGGAAGGUAGACAACUCUCAGAACAAGCCGACUUUGAAAUUUCAUAUCGCAAUGGCAGGGUAGCACUGACCAUUCCUGAAGUUUUCACUGAAGACAGUGGUCAGUUCACAUGCACAGCUGAAAACCAAGCAGGAAAAGCUACUAGCACAGCUGAGCUUGUUGUUAGAGCAAUUCUUGUUCCACCUGCUUUUACUGAAAAACUCAAGACCACAUAUGCUCAAGAAGGGGAGCCCAUCCGCUUGGUGGUGAGGGCGACUGGUGAGCCUGAGCCAGUUGUUUCCUGGUACAGAGAUGGCAACAGGCUUGUUAGCUCCCCUGAUUUCCAGAUUACUCAGGAGGGUGACAUCCAUUCCCUGUACAUUCCUGAAGUUUUCUAUGAAGACACUGGAAAGUUCAGUGUGAAAGCAGAAAACCCUGCUGGAGAAGCCAUCUGUUCUGCACAUCUCUAUGUUCAACCAAUACCAGAGAAACCACAACCACUAGCCAUUAGGGCACCAGAGAGGAAACCUGUCUAUGAGCAUGUUACUCCAGUCAAGUCACCUGCUUCAAGAUCACCAAGGCCUGUGACUGAUGAGCAGCCCAUUGCCAAGAUCCCAAAACUUCAGAGGCCAUCAGAUUUUGUUCCAGUGCCAACAGCACCUCGUGUGGAAGAGAGAUACAGACAUGAGUUUGACAUGCAGAUAGAGCAUGAACUUCCACCUUUUGAGGCAAGGAUCAAGCUGUUUGGGGAAGAUGAACUGCAACCCCAACCACAGCCACCUGUGCAGGCACCCCCCAUGCCUCCUUCCCCUAAGCCAAAACCCAAACAAAUGCUUGAGAAACCAAUCACUGCAACAAAGAAGACACCAUCUGAAGAAAGACCUUUUGUUGCUGAGAAGAAGAAACCAACCUUUUAUAAGCCACUGGAAGAUGUUUCAGUGAAAGAAGGAGACAGACUUGUCCUGGAGAUAAUUGUGGAAGGUAACCCAGAGCCUAUUGUUAAGUGGUACAGAGAGUCCAUUGAGAUCAAAAACUCUCCAGACUAUCAGGUCCUACAGAAGAACAAUCGCUACAUUCUAAUAAUUGCUGAAGUCUUCCCUGAAGAUUCUGGACGAUAUGAAGCUGUGGCUAUAAAUGCGGAGGGAAUGAAUAGGACAGAAGCUUUUGUCCUUGUUGAAGGUGCCCCAGCCCCACCUCUGCCUAAAGAGCCUCCUCCCCCUGUACCUGUGUACAAAGAUGAGAUAGAACUCCAGGUGGACAGAAAGCCAGUGGAACAACCAACCUUUGAGGAGAGAGUAGAUAUUUUCAAGAAAGCUCCUCCACCACCACCAGCCCUUAAACCAGUCAGAAGAAUUCCACAGCCAGAGCUGGCACCCAGGACUGAGCCUGUUUUUACAAAGCCUUUGUCCAGCAUUGAAGCCCAGCAAGGUGAUGGGGUCAUAUUUGAAGUGAAGGUUGAAGGCAACCCCGAACCAAUCAUCAAGUGGUACAGGGAAGAUGUGGAGAUUGUCUCAUCACCAGAUUUUGAACUUUCUCGAUCUGACAAAAUGUACAGGCUACAAAUCAUUGAAACCUUCCCAGAGGAUGCUGGGAAGUUCUCUUGCGUGGCUACUAAUGCCCAGGGCACUGCAGUAACUGAAGCCUAUCUGUAUGUGCAGCCUUCUCCUGGAUCUCCUGUCCAGUCACCAGUAGCAGAAGAGAAGUUCAGAGAGGAGCUGGAGAUGCAAAUUGAUGGUCAGCCAGAUUUGCCUGCUUUUGAAAAGAGGGUGGCCCUGUUUGGUGCUCCACCACAACCCAUGCCACCAGACAUGGCACCUCGUCGACCAUUUGUUACUAACAAAGAGAAGCCUAAUUUUGUGCAGCCUUUGAAGAAUAUCUUUGCCAAACAAGGAGACUUGGUCACCCUGGAAGUGACAGUUGAAGCUCAUCCAGAGCCAAUCAUUAAAUGGUACAGAGAAAACAUAGAAAUCUACAGCUCUCCUGACUACCAGCUGUCUCGUAACAAUAAAACCUACAGGCUAACUAUCUCACAGGUCUUCCCUGAAGAUGCAGGUGUUUUUAAAGUGAUUGCCACCAAUGCCGAGGGUUCUGUCUCUUCUGAAGCUUCACUUGCAGUACAACCUGGGCCACCAUCACCAGAGGAAAAGGUUCCACCAGCACCUCCAAUGUUUGCUCCUCCACCUCCACCAUCACCAAAGCAGGAGACAGUCAGCCCAGUUUCCACGGCCCCAAGAUUCACCCCUCCAGCACACAUCCCUCCAUCCUUUGUGCAACGUUUACCUGAUGUCAGGAUGGUAGAAGGCACCAACAUUAAACUGGAAUGUAGAGUCCUGGGCAAACCUUUCCCACAGGUCAUCUUCACUAAGGCUGGAAAUCCAGUCCUGGAUGGCCCAAGGCACAAGAUAACAGUUGAUCAGAGGACUGGCCGCUGCACUCUGCUCAUCACCAAGGCUCACCCGGAUGAUGAAGGUGAAUACACCUGCACAGCUAUGAACCAGGCAGGAGAGGUGUCCACAUCUGCCCUUGUCACUCAUGAAGGACCAAGGAUACAAGAUACUAUGGAGGUUGAAGAGGAAGAAGGCAUCUCUCCAUUACAGAAAUUUUUGCUUGAAGAACAAAGCAAGAAACGUUUCACUCCAACACCUGAACGCAGAACUUCCAAAAGUUUAGAGAGAAGUGUAGAACCAGAGUUUGUUGUGUCUAGCUUUGAGCGUCGGCUAAUGGAAGAAAUAGAAUACAGAGAGGGCAAAAUAAAGAUGUACUCUGAGACUGAAACUGAAUAUGACACUGAUCAGCCAGAGGAGAAAGUAUCUGGCUCUCAUGCUCAGGCUCCACAGUUUGUUCAGCCCUUGAAAGAUUUCAGGCUAAUGGAAGGUUCAGAUGUGACCUUUGUUUGUAAGGUUACUGGCAGGCCAAGGCCAAAGAUUGCCUGGUAUAAAGAUGGCAAAAGAAUCAAGAGGUCAACCCGAUACGAAAUCAAGUACACCCAGGAUGGGUACUGCACACUGCGUAUCCACUCUGGUCUGUCCACAGACACUGGCCACUACACUGUUUUGGCAGUCAACUCUGUUGGAAAGACUACCUGCUCUGGUCAACUGUACAUUGAUGCUAUAGGAAACAUAGAUGCUACAUCUUUUGUGUCACCUGAAACCCUCCAUAGAAUUCUUCGCAGGGAUUCUGUCCGAGGCUCACGCAGAGGAUCAGAAGACAGAGGAGGUGUCUUUGAAACUGUUUCUAAGCCAGAGUUCAAGAAAGUUCCUGAGAACCUGGAAGUGAGAGAGGGAAACCCUGUCAGGUUUGACACACUGGUGCUAGGUCGUCCCAACCCUGAGCUUUUUUGGUACAGAAAAGGUGUUGAGGUUCACAAUGAUGACAACCACAAAAUUGUAAUCAAUGAGGAUGGUGUCAACUCUCUUCUCAUUGUCUCAGCAUCUCGCAUGGAUGCUGGCACCUACACCUGUGUUGCUAAGAACAGAGGAGGAGAAGACACAUUUACUGUUGAUCUUAAAAUAUUGGAAAAAGAACAGAUGCAGCCUCCUCGCUUUAUUUCCCGUAUGCAAAACUACACAGUGGGUGAAGGCCAAUCUGUAACUUUGUCUUGUAUGGCCACUGGUGUCCCAACACCAAUGAUGAGUUGGCAGAAAGAUGGACGCAUGCUUGGUGACUUGGAUUACAGGAUUGAGACUGACCAUGGUCAAACUACACUAUUUAUUGAGAGUGCUGAGCCUGGAGAUUCUGCCUGGUACCAGUGUUCAGCUGUCAAUGUUGCUGGCACUGCUACCACUAGAGCCAAGCUGGUUGUUCAGCCAGACCUGAGUAAAGGGAAGAAAAUCCCAGUUGCUGAAGCAUCACCCCGGAGAGUGCUUUCUCCUCAUUAUGAGAUUCAGUCAGAAGGUCCAGUGCAGCAAAUCUCCUAUGUAACAGAACAUGACAGUGCCACACUGCGACUUAUCAAGGAGGAGCAGCUUAAGAGAGAGGAACCUGUGGUUCCAAAACCAGCACCACCUGUAGCCACAAAACCUUUCAUACCCAAGCCAGUACCCAUGGCACCUGCCACUACACCAGAGACCAGCACACCUCUGCUAACUGAAGAGGAAGAUGAAUAUCAGAGAAAGAGUGUACUAGAUGCCAAGAAACUCUUCAGCAAACCAGAUGAGGUCCCUCGACCUGCUCCAGCUCGACCACACAAGCCCAUAACGAUAUUGUUCAGGGCUAAGGAGCGUUCACCAAGCUAUGACAUUCAAAAAACUGGACCAGUACAGCUGAUUAGUUAUGCUUCUGAUAAUGAAAGAGGAUACUUGCGAUUAAUUGAUGAGCAGGAUUUGAAAAGAAAAUUGCCAACUGAUGAGACUCAGCCAUCUUUUAUCUCUGAAACUCAGAAAGAAAUUGAACCUAAAUUCAAACCAGUUACAGCCAUAAUUAAAGUCCCUCCACCAGUCGCACCCAAACCAGAGAGGGUCUUGUCAAGUGCAACUCCAGUGGCUACAGCACCCAAACCAGAGUUGACACCCUUUGAGGCAACUAUACCUCUUGUACCUAAACAGAAGGAAUACAGGCCAGUGGCAGCGCCAGUGCCUUUUGUUAAACCAGAACCAAAGAAAACAGAACUGUUCAUGCCUCCAAGUGAGCCUCAAAAACCUAUUCCAUUAGUCCCACAAAAACCAAUAACACCAGCUCCUGCUCCAAGGCAAAGAGUGCGCAAAGCACCUUCCCCACCAGAGCCUAAACCAAUUAUUCUUCGCCAAGAGUUGCCACCUGAGUGGGCUCCUGAAUCCAUUGAUGUCCCAGCAGCUGCCAAAGCAGUGGAGGAAAGUGAUGUGACAAUGUUGCCAUCAGACUUACCUCGACGAGUUUCUUCAGCAGCUAUUAUUCUGUCAAACUGGAGAGAGUACCAGGACAGUGCAAUUAGGGAGUACAUUCGUAGAGAGGGUGAAGCCCCACCCCCAGAAGAUCUUUACGACAGAGAGAUCCAGAGACCUGCCAAGUUCAAGACAUCGAUCAAAGACCUGAACUUGAAGGAGAAUGAUGCUGCCCACUUUGAAUGCAAGCUCUUACCACUCGGAGACCCAACCAUGAAAGUAGAAUGGUUCAAAGAUGGAGAACCACUUCAUCAUGGCACAAGAUUUAUGCCAGCUUAUGAUUUUGGUUUUGUUACCUUGGACAUUUUGUGGGUUUACCCUGAGGACUCUGGUGUGUAUGAAUGUAGAGCAACCAAUGACUAUGGCCAGACUUCUACAUCAGCUACAGUUACUGUCAGAGCUCUUCGUUCCAUCAUUAUGGAUACUCAAUUACCAGGGGAAGGAGCGGUCAGACUACAAGAAAUGGAAGAAUACUGGCGAAGUCACAUGAAUGUGGAAGAGAAAGUGAUUGAAGAGCCACAGAUCAAAACCCCACCCAGCAUUGACCUGAAGCCAGAGCCAGUAGAAACAGGUGAAGGAGAGCCUGCCAAGUUCCUUGUUAAAGUCAGUGGCUACCCCAGACCCAGAGUAAACUGGUGGAUCAAUGGAAGUCUCAUUGUAGGGAGCACCAGAUUCAAACUGACUUAUGAUGGCAUGAUGCACCACAUGGAGAUCCCAAGGUGUAGAGAGUAUGAUGCAGGACAGAUCAGGGUGGUGGCCAAGAACUCUGAAGGAGAAGAAGAGUGCAGUACCACACUGAUUGUCUUACCUAAAGAGGACUGGAGAGCCAAGCUUAAGCAGGCUCCCAAAGGAGAACUUGAAAUUGAGCUAGAAAGAAGAAAGAAGAUUGAACUUCGCACUGUUGAACUAGACAAGGCACUCAAGAAACCAAAGGCUACUGAGUUUGAACUCAGACAGCUGGAGAAAGCCACAGAGUCUAAAAUACGUGUUCAAAGAGACACAGAAGUUGUCAUGGCUGAGCAGCAGUACAUCAGCAUUCACACUCAGCUGCGCCACAAAGAUGGGGCAGUAGCUUCAGAGCCUGUCUUCAUUGAGAGAGCCAGAAUAGUGCCAGUCGAUCUGACCCAGGCCACUCCAAGGGAGGACAAACAGGUGGUAGAGCAGCAAAUAACCCUCCAGCGUGGAGAGCCCCCUGUCUUCACCAAACCACUUCGACCUUUGAGAAUCCCUGAAGGCAGUUCAGCUAACCUUGAGGUCCACUUCAAGGGAAUCCCACCACCUGUUAUUACAUGGUACAGGGAUAGCUUUGAGAUCCAACCUUCUAGAGAUUUCCAAAUCUCCACAACUGAGACCUCUAGCACUCUACACAUCCCUGAGAUUUUUGCUGAAGAUGCUGGUCUUUUCACUGUCAAGGCCUAUAACAAGUUUGGCAUGGUUCAGUGCAAAGCCAAGCUCACAGUGGAAGAAGGCGUAGAGAAAGAAAAAGAAGUCCCACCCGAGUUCCAGAGUUUGACCAGAGACACCAAGGUCACAUUGGGAGAGCCUGUAACCUUUGAUUGCCAGAUUACAGGAACACCUGUCCCUGUUGUACACUGGACAAAGGAAGGACAUCCAUUGCCACCUUCACAUCGUUGGAAGUUCAUUAAAGAAGACAAUAAUUACACACUGGUCAUUUAUGAAGCCCAGCCUCUUGAUGCUGGAGUGUAUGCCUGUGUGGCUAUCAACACAGUUGGCAAGGCUACUUGCACAGCCAGAUUAACUGUGGAAAAACCUGAGAAGCCAGCUGAGCCAACAGCUGAACAGCCACCCCUAGACACUUCAGUGGAACCACCUUAUGUAGUGGAAGAGCCAAGAAUGGUGGAUGUAGAGGAGGGAGAAGCUGUCCACUUUAAGUGUAUCAUCAGAGGAAAACCUCAUCCUGUUGUGACUUGGUAUAGAAAUAACCAACUGGUAAAGCCUUCCAAGUAUUUCAGAAUGGGAUCAACAUUGGAGGGUGAGCACACAUUGAGCAUUAUGGAGGCCUUCCCAGAAGACACAGGCACCUACAAAUGUGUGGCUAGGAACAAAGCUGGAGAAGUCACAGUGGUUACCUACCUGAAAGUCCAUGGAACUGAAAGUGAGACUGACCAGGUAUUCACUGAAUCCUUAGCCCAGCCACCAAGCUUUGUCCGUCCUAUCACCAACAUGAUGGUCACAGAGAAUACACCUGCCAAAUUUGAAGCAGUCUUCUCAGGUGUGCCAGCACCUGAAAUUACCUGGAUCAGAAAUGGAAUUCAAACUUUACAUAAUUCUCGGGAGUACAAGAUUGAGACAGUAGACAGGCUAACUGUACUGACCAUCUACAAAGCCCAGCCUGAAGACACUGGUGUCAUAACUUGUCGAGCCAAAAAUCAGGCUGGCACUACAGAGUGUUCUGCAGAGUUGUAUGUCCAACCUGAAGAAGAGACUAGGCAGUUGGCUAAACAGAUGAACAUUACAGUCAUCCAGAAACCUCCAGAAUUCAUUAGACCAUUACCUUCUUACCAGGAGUUUACCAUUGGAGAAGUUGUCAGACUAGAAGCUGAGGUCAUAGGUGAACCUCAGCCACGAGUCACUUGGUACAAGGAUGGCAUUGAAAUACAACUAACUGAGCGCACCAAGACAGUUAGAGAUGAGAAUAAAGCCAUCCUGAUCCUCAUAGAUGUGUCACGCCAAGAUGAAGGAGAGUAUGUCCUUAAAGUAGAGAAUGAGCUAGGGGAAGUCACUUGUAGGACAACACUGGUUGUUAGAGGAAGAGAAAAAGAGGUGGAGAUUCCUUUUAUGGACACUGAUCAAACAAUGACCAUAUCUAAAACAUUGACAACCAUCCGAAGAGAGGAGCAUAUUAUUGUGCAACAAGUGAGACCAGUCUUUGUUGCACCCCUGGAGCCAGAGAUUUAUGUCAGGGAAAGAGGCAUUGCUAGGCUUGAGUGCCAGGUGGAUUCCCACCCUCCACCGCUUAUUACCUGGUUUGUCAAUGGCAUGGAGGUGAAGCCAUCUCCUCACUAUGAGAUUCGCUAUGAAGAUGGCAAGAGUAUCCUGCUGAUUAUUGAAGUUGGCCCUCAAGACACAGGAGAGUACACCUGCAAAGCAGUGUCUGAACUGGGGGAAGCUAAAAGUUCCACAACUCUUUAUGUACAAGAACCAGCUCAGGCAGAUGUCCGCAGACCUGAAGAGAUGUCCACUAUUCCACCAUCACCAUCACAGUUCAUGUCACCUCCAGUUUUUCUGGAGUCCAUGGUAGAUACAGAGGCUGUGGAUGGCCAAGAACUACAACUCAAAUGCCGUGUUACUGGCACUCCCAUGCCAACUGUCUCCUUCUUCCAUGAUAGUAGGAACAUUGAUGAGGAUGAGGAAUUUGUCAUUUCUUACAAUCCUCAAACUGGAGAGGUCACCCUGAUCAUUGUUGAAGUUUUCCCUGAGGAUCAAGGCCAGUAUAUAUGUGUGGCUCAAAACCCUGCUGGCCAGGCCACAACCUCGGCCUACCUUACAGUGCUGGAGACUAAAGAAACAACCCAGGAACUGGAGGUUGACCAGGACGAAGUAUUUGUGGUGGACACUUCUGCUCCACAGCAGAUAGAGUUUACCAUUAGACCCCAAGAGGAAAUCAUGGAAGUUGAAGUUCAAGAAGAAGCAGUGGUUCCUGACAUCAUUGAGAGACCAAAGGUGGAGCCUAUUGAAAAAGAAGAACAUGCCUUGGAGUCUCCUAUAUUUUCUCCAAUACCUGACUCUAUCACUUCAGUGGCUGGAUCUUCUGACACUUAUUAUACUGCUCAGGAAGAUGUGGAUGAGGAAGUCACUGAGAUAUCCAUUCUCCCCAAAACUAUUGAGCGCCCCAAGCUGGUGGCUAUUGAGCCAGAAGAGUUUAUUUAUGAGUCUCCUGAGAGGGAGCUACUGGCAGAACAAAUGAUGUUAGUGGAUGAGGAAGAAAGGGAAACUCCAACACCACAGCAGGAGGUCAUUGAAGAAACAUUAGAGAAAUUGGUGCAUGUUAAAGAAAUAACACUUCCUGAAACGAAAGAGCAAGAAGUUUUUGAGGUUGUCCUUCAGGAGGACAAAACUAUUGAGCAAGUGACUACAGAAUCAGAAGAGGUGACAUUUGUUAUUCAGGAAAGUCCAGUUGAAGAGAUGGAAGUCAAGCCAGAGGAACCAGCAGAGGCUUUUAAAGAAGAGCUGGAUGUGACUGACUCAGGUAUACCCACUCCACCAGAUGCAGGACCAGCAGAGGAAGCAACCAUUGAAGCAGUGUUUGGCACCAUCUCAGAAAUCCAUGACGUAGAGCCUCUCCCUCAACAGAUGAUACCAGAACAAGCACCUGAUGAGGUGGCUCCUGAAUUUGUGGAGAUGCUACAACCCCAGAUUGUAAAUGAUGGGGACAGCCUAGUGAUGGUAUGUCGCUUGAUUGGCUCUCCAACCCCAGUAGUCACUUGGUACAAGAACACUACAGAAAUCACUCCAGGUCCUGAUAUAAGACUGUACUUUGAACCAGACACUGGAGUUUGCACGCUAGAGGUUGCAGAAGUUUUUCCAGAUGAUGCAGGGGAGAUCACAUGCCGUGCCAGAAAUCAGUUUGGUGAAGCAAUGACUUCUGCAACACUUGUCAUCCAAGAAACUGAGGAGUCAGAGAUUACCACAACAGAACAGACUACAACCACAGAGACCAUUACCACCACCACCAGCACCUUUCGUCUGGAGGAGGACCAGGACACAGAAAUAAAGGUGGUUGAUGAGAAACACAUCACCACUUUAGAACUUUCCCCUAACUUCACCAAACCAUUGAUGCCAUCAAUGCAAGUGGAUGAAGGAGGCACUGCUAGAUUUGAGGUAGACAUUGAUGCCGUUCCGGAAGCUACGGUCAAGUGGUACAAAAAUGAGGUACAGAUCAUUCCUACUGACAGGAUGGAAGUCACUAGACACAAAAACACAUACAUCCUUCUCCUAAUGAAUGCUAGACCAGAGGAUUCUGGGGAGUACUUGUGUGAGGCAGAAAAUGUUUAUGGCAAAACUACUUGUAAAACUACACUUACAGUUAACACCACUCAACGAAUGGAAAUAGAAAUUCAGCCAGAUGAAAUGCCCAAAGAACAAGAGACUCCAUAUAGUGUUGAACAAACCCCUGAGGAAACCAAACCAAAGGAAGAAAUUCCAACACAGGGCCCUCAGGAGACAACUGCCCCAGAAGAAACAGUUGCAGGGGAGCCUCCAGUAUUUACUCAAAUACUGCAACCUGUAUCAGUCAGGGAUACAGAAAGAGUUGAGCUUCGGGUCAGAUUCACUGGUGUCCCAUCACCCAAGAUAACAUGGUAUUUUGAUGGGAAUCCAAUAAAGCCUAGCUCUGAAUUUCAGAUCACCAUUGAUGUUGAAAGGGGAGAAAGCACCCUGAUCAUCGUAGAGGUGUUCCCUGAAGAUGAGGGAGAAUACACUUGUAUAGCCGUAAAUGAUUUUGGAGAGUCCAUCACAACAUGUCACCUGACUGUUAUCACUGAAGAGACCAUUAUCACAGAUGAAGUUCAUAAAGAAACUAUUGAAAUUGAUGAGACAAGUCCUCAAGUCUUAGAAGGACCAGGAGAAACUACUGUGAAAGAAGUUAUCCAGUACCAGCCACAACCUAAGCCACAAAGUUUUGAGAUUCAUAUUGGCAUCCCAGUCCAACCAGUGACCACCUCCACAACUGUGAUCUCUGAGACAUCAACCUACACUCAGGUGACCAGAGAAUUUAUUCAAGAAGUACCAGACAUUACAGAGGGAACUUCUCGUCUGCAAACCACAACAAUAUCACUCAAGAAAGAUGAAGAACUGGCACCAGUAGAGUUAAAAAUUCAGCUUCCUGUCCAGCAAACAGAAGAAUUCCUUGACCACAUCACUGAAGCUACUCGCACUGUUACACAGGAGAUAAGAUCCAUUCCUAUUGUUGAUACUUCCCUGCCCAAGGAAACUCAUACUGAGACUAUUGAGAUAACCCAACAGAUGCCAGGAGAGAUAAUAAUUCCUUCAGUAUCUACUACAUCUACAACGGAAGUAUCUCACAAGGUUGAAACCACUAAGUCAGCUGCUCAAAGAAUUGAAGUUGAAAUUCAUGAGACCACUCUACUGAGGGAGCCACAGAAGCAAGAACUUCAAAUAGCUAUUGGCAAAGUCAGCCGCUCUGAAAUAGACAUCCCUGUUCAGAUCAAUGAAGCACCUGGUCCUAGUACAGAGCAGAUCACAGAGACUAGAAAGACCAUUACAAAGGUAACGAAAUUAAUUGAAAUUCAGAUGCCCAAGCAAGAUCAGAAAGAAGAGAUAAAGAUGACUUUUGCUGUGUCUGGUCCUGGAUCAGAAGAAGUUAUGCCUCUAGAGGAAACUGAAACCACAGGAACAUCAGAAGAAUAUGUGGAGUCCCAAAGUGAGACUGUGGAUUUCAUAGUGGUGCCAACAGAAACAGAUCUCUUAGAGGAAAGACCUGUGUCUUCAGAAUCUGAGAUGGACAUGGAGGAAACUGAAGUAAAAGUCCCAUUUGAAAAACUUGUUGAAACUGAAAAGGAAUCCAUCCAGAUGUCAGUUACUACUUCCGAAGUGAAAGAAGUUUCAGAUAGCAAGAUAGAAAUGUCUGACAUUCCAAUUCAGGCUGAUAAACCAGAAUUUAUUGGUGAAGAUGUGGUAGAGUUUCCAACAGAAACUUCAGAAGUCAGUAUAGUUUCAUCAAAAGUUGACACAAUAUCAAUUCCCAACCAAGUUCAAGAUGUCAAAAGCAUUGACCUGAAGAUCUCCUUUGACCAGCCCCAGGAAGUCACUACCACCACAGAAACAGCUGAGCUAGAGAUGGUUCUUCAGGUCCCAUCUGAAGUAGAAACUUUAAUAGAAGAGAAACCAGAGGAAACUGAAAGACCAAUAGAAGAGAUGAUUAUAGAAAUGACAGAAACAUUAGUUGUACAACCUUCUAAAGCUGCUGAUGCUGAGAAAGUACCUGGAAUAUUGUCACAAGUGGAAUUUACAGUAGAAGAAAAAAAAGAGGAGGUGUCAGAAAGUCAGCCAUCAGAAAUGGACACAUCAGCCACAGAAGUAGAGACAAUAGUCCAACUGGAGACUCCAAUCCCUACUUCUGAAGAGAUAUCACAGGUUAAGCCACAUGAGGAAGAAAUGCUGGAAGAGACAGCACUAACCUUAGAUUUUGAGAAACCACAGAUCUCUCAAACUACCGAAGUCACUUCAGAGGAAGUAACCUUUGAAGUAAGAAUGAGAGAAGAAGAAGGACUUGAAUCCAUCGUCAUUGAUGCCGAGACCAAACAAGUUGAAGUUACUGAUACAGAAGAAACUCUGGAAAUACACAAAGAAGAGAUUCAGUUUGAUAUCAAAGGUAAACCUAAACAACCAGAAGAAGCUCAGUUUUCUAUACAGCUUUCUGCACAGCAGCCUACAGAUACAAUUCAAAUAGAAGUACCACAAGAAGUUGUCACUGAGAGUGUCACAUUUGUCACAGAGAUGGAUGUCAGCAAGGAUCAGACACUGCCUGUACAAGAAACUCACAAAGAAGAACUCAGCUUCCAGAUUGCAGGUAAACCUCAGCCUCUGGAAGAAAUGGCCAUCACUCUACAGAUUGGACAGCAGAAGCCAGAGGAGGAAGUCAUUAUGGACACACAAACCUUAGAUACAGAACAGACAAUACUUCUUAUAAGUGGCAAUGAGAGAGCACCAGAGUUUACAUGGGGUCUCAUGUCACUCAAAGUCAUGGAUGGAGAAGAAGUGAAAUUUAGAUGUGAGGUGAUUGGCGAACCCAUGCCAGAGAUCUCUUGGUACCAUGAUGACAAGAUAAUAACAGAGAAUCAAGACUUUAACCUGACCUAUGACACAGAGAGUGGUGCCUGUACCUUGCUGAUAGCUGAAGUCUUUCCACAAGAUGCUGGUGAAUACAAAUGUGUGGCCAUUAACCCUUACGGAGAAGCCAUCACCAGAGCUUUUCUUGAAGUUGAAUCCUAUGAAUAUAUGGCAGACACAGAGGAAGCUUCCGACUCUAUGAUGUCCUCUCUGGAGCCAUCUUCACCUAAACCAACUCCUGCUGAUUCUGACACUGAAGUAAUCUCACACUCCAAAGAGUUUGUGGAGGAGGUUCAAAAACUUCAGGAGAAGUUCUCAGAGUUGACAGAGACUGAGGAAGAGUACCCAAGAGAGGAGUACUUUGAAACUUACCCUGCUGCUGAAGUUGAGAUAGAGCAGCCAGCUGAUUUAGAACAGGUUAAUUUCAUCACUGAAGAAACCACUGAAACUACCAUUGUUACUCAAGAAAUUCCUCUUUCCUCUGAUGAAGCUAAUGUGGAAGACACACACUUUCAGGCAGAGUCAGUGGAGUCUAUUCAAGAAGAGGAAAGCAUAAAUACUGAAGUUGAGGAAGAAGAAAAAGACAUAGGUCAAGUGUCUGAGGUUUUGGAAGACCUAACACAACCCAUACAAGAACAGCCAGAUACUUACAAGACAGAAUUUGUACAAGAAAUCAUUUCACAGCCAGAAGUAUCUGAUGUUACUGAAGCUGUUACUGAAGAUGUGCAGCCAUCUGAAAUUACUGUUGAAUUUGUAAAGCCAGCAGAAGAACAGCCAGAUACUUACAAGACAGAAUUAGUACAAGAAAUCAUUUCACAGCCAGAAGUAUCUGAUGUUACUGAAGCUGUUACUGAAGAUGUGCAGCCAUCUGAAAUUACUGUUGAAUUUGAAAAACCUGCAGAACAACAGCCAGAUACUUACAAAACAGAAUUUGUACAAGAAAUCAUUUCACAGCCAGAAGUAUCUGAUGUUACUGAAGCAGUUACUGAAGAUGUUCAGCCAUCUGAAAUUACUGUUGAAUUUGAAAAACCUUCAGAAGAACAGCCAGAUACUUACAAAACAGAAUUUGUACAAGAAAUCAUUUCACAGCCAGAAGUAUCUGAUGUUACUGAAGCUGUUACUGAAGAUGUUCAGCCAUCUGAAAUAACUGUUGAAUUUGAAAAACCAGCAGAAGAACAGCCAGAUACUUACAAAACAGAAUUUGUACAAGAAGUCAUUUCACAGCCAGAAGUAUCUGAUGUUAAGGAAGCUGUUACUGAAGAUGUGCAGCCAUCUGAAAUUACAAUUGAAUUUGAAAAACCUGCAGAACAACAGCCAGAUACUUACAAAACAGAAUUUGUACAAGAAAUCAUUUCACAGCCAGAAGUAUCUGAUGUUACUGAAGCUGUUACUGAAGAUGUUCAGCCAUCUGAAAUAACUGUUGAAUUUGAAAAACCAGCAGAAGAACAGCCAGAUACUUACAAAACAGAAUUUGUACAAGAAGUCAUUUCACAGCCAGAAGUAUCUGAUGUUACUGAAGCUGUUACUGAAGAUGUGCAGCCAUCUGAAAUUACUGUUGAAUUUGAAAAACCUGCAGAACAACAGCCAGAUACUUACAAAACAGAAUUUGUACAAGAAAUCAUUUCACAGCCAGAAGUAUCUGAUGUUACUGAAGCUGUUACUGAAGAUGUUCAGCCAUCUGAAAUAACAGUUGAAUUUGAAAAACCAGCAGAAGAACAGCCAGAUACUUACAAAACAGAAUUUGUACAAGAAGUCAUUUCACAGCCAGAAGUAUCUGAUGUUACUGAAGCUGUUACUGAAGAUGUGCAGCCAUCUGAAAUUACUGUUGAAUUUGAAAAACCUGCAGAAGAACAGCCAGAUACUUACAAGACAGAAUUUGUACAAGAAAUCAUUUCACAGCCAGAAGUAUCUGAUGUUACUGAAGCUGUUACUGAAGAUGUACAGCCAUCUGAAAUAACUGUUGAAUUUGAAAAACCAGCAGAAGAACAGCCAGAUACUUACAAGACAGAAUUUGUACAAGAAAUCAUUUCACAGCCAGAAGUAUCUGAUGUUACUGAAGCUGUUACUGAAGAUGUACAGCCAUCUGAAAUAACUGUUGAAUUUGAAAAACCAGCAGAAGAACAGCCAGAUACUUACAAGACAGAAUUUGUACAAGAAAUCAUUUCACAGCCAGAAGUAUCUGAUGUUACUGAAGCAGUUACUGAAGAUGUACAGCCAUCUGAAAUUACUGUUGAAUUUGAAAAACCAGCAGAACAACAGCCAGAUACUUACAAAACAGAAUUUGUACAAGAAAUCAUUUCACAGCCAGAAGUAUCUGAUGUUACUGAAGCAGUUACUGAAGAUGUUCAGCCAUCUGAAAUUACUGUUGAAUUUGAAAAACCUUCAGAAGAACAGCCAGAUACUUACAAAACAGAAUUUGUACAAGAAAUCAUUUCACAGACAGAAGUAUCUGAUGUUACUGAAGCUGUUACUGAAGAUGUUCAGCCAUCUGAAAUAACUGUUGAAUUUGAAAAACCAGCAGAAGAACAGCCAGAUACUUACAAAACAGAAUUUGUACAAGAAGUCACUUCACAGCCAGAAGUAUCUGAUGUUACUGAAGCAGUUACUGAAGAUGUUCAGCCAUCUGAAAUUACUGUUGAAUUUGAAAAACCAGCAGAAGAACAGCCAGAUACUUACAAAACAGAAUUUGUACAAGAAGUCAUUUCACAGCCAGAAGUAUCUGAUGUUACUGAAGCUGUUACUGAAGAUGUGCAGCCAUCUGAAAUUUCUGUUGAAUUUAAAAAGUCAACAGAAGUACAGCCAGAUACUUACAAAACAGAAUUUGUACAAGAAGUCAUUUCACAGCCAGAAAUAUCUGAUGUUACAGAAGCUGUUACUGAAGAUGUGCAGCCAUCUGAAAUUACUGUUGAAUUUGAAAAGCCAGCAGAAGAACAGCCAGAUACUUACAAGACAGAAUUUGUACAAGAAAUCAUUUCACAGCCAGAAGUAUCUGAUGUUACUGAAGCUGUUACUGAAGAUGUGCAGCCAUCUGAAAUUACUGUUGAAUUUGAAAAACCAGCAGAAGAACAGCCAGAUACUUACAAGACAGAAUUUGUACAAGAAAUCAUUUCACAGCCAGAAGUAUCUGAUGUUACUGAAGCUGUUACUGAAGAUGUGCAGCCAUCUGAAAUUACUGUUGAAUUUGAAAAACCAGCAGAAGAACAGCCAGAUACUUACAAGACAGAAUUUGUACAAGAAAUCAUUUCACAGCCAGAAAUAUCUGAUGUUACUGAAGCUGUUACUGAAGAUGUGCAGCCAUCUGAAAUUACUGUUGAAUUUGAAAAGCCAGCAGAAGAACAGCCAGAUACUUACAAAACAGAAUUUAUACAAGAAAUCAUUUCACAGCCAGAAAUAUCUGAUGUUACUGAAGCUGUUACUGAAGAUGUGCAGCCAUCUGAAAUUACUGUUGAAUUUGAAAAGGCAGUAGAAGAACAGCCAGAUACUUACAAAACAGAAUUUGUACAAGAAGUCAUUUCACAGCCAGAAGUAUCUGAUGUUACUGAAGCUGUUACUGAAGAUGUGCAGCUAUCUGAAAUUACUGUUGAAUUUGAAAAACCAGCAGAAGAACAGCCAGAUACUUACAAGACAGAAUUUGUACAAGAAAUCAUUUCACAGCCAGAAGUAUCUGAUGUUACUGAAGCUGUUACUGAAGAUGUGCAGCUAUCUGAAAUUACUGUUGAAUUUGAAAAACCUGCAGAAGAACAGCCAGAUACUUACAAGACAGAAUUUGUACAGGAAAUUAUUUCACAGCCAGAAGUAUCAGAUGUUACAGAAGCUGUUACUGAAGAUGUGCAGCCAUCUGAAAUUACUGUUGAAUUUCAAAAGCCAGUAGAAGAACAGCCAGAUACUUACAAGACAGAAUUUAUACAAGAAAUCAUUUCAGAGCCAGAAUUAUCUGAUGUUACUGAAGCUGUUACUGAAGAUGUGCAGCCAUCUGAAAUUACUGUUGAAUUUGAAAAACCAGCAGAAGAACAGCCAGAUACUUACAAGACAGAAUUUGUACAAGAAAUCAUUUCACAGCCAGAAGUAUCUGAUGUUACUGAAGCUGUUACUGAAGAUGUGCAGCCAUCUGAAAUUACUGUUGAAUUUGAAAAACCAGCAGAAGAACAGCCAGAUACUUACAAGACAGAAUUUGUACAAGAAAUCAUUUCACAGCCAGAAGUAUCUGAUGUUACUGAAGCUGUUACUGAAGAUGUGCAGCCAUCUGAAAUUACUGUUGAAUUUGAAAAACCAGCUGAAGAACAGCCAGAUACUUACAAGACAGAAUUUGUACAGGAAAUCAUUUCACAGCCAGAAGUAUCUGAUGUUACAGAAGCUGUUACUGAAGAUGUGCAGCCAUCUGAAAUUACUGUUGAAUUUGAAAAGCCAAUAAAAGAACAGCCAGAUACUUACAAGACAGAAUUUGUACAAGAAAUCAUUUCACAGCCAGAAGUAUCUGAUGUUACUGAAGCUGUUACUGAAGAUGUGCAGCCAUCUGAAAUUACUGAUGAAUUUGUAAAACCAGCUGAAGAACAGCCAGAUACUUACAAGACAGAAUUUGUACAAGAAAUCAUUUCACAGCCAGAAGUAUCUGAUGUUACAGAAGCUGUUACUGAAGAUGUGCAGCCAUCUGAAAUUACUGUUGAAUUUGAAAAGCCAGCAGAAGAACAGCCAGAUACUUACAAGACAGAAUUUGUACAAGAAAUCAUUUCACAGCCAGAAGUAUCUGAUGUUACUGAAGCUGUUACUGAAGAUGUGCAGCUAUCUGAAAUUACUGUUGAAUUUGAAAAACCUGCAGAAGAACAGCCAGAUACUUACAAGACAGAAUUUGUACAGGAAAUCAUUUCACAGCCAGAAGUAUCUGAUGUUACAGAAGCCGUUACUGAAGAUGUGCAGCCAUCUGAAAUUACUGUUGAAUUUGAAAAGCCAGUAGAAGAACAGCCAGAUACUUACAAGACAGAAUUUAUACAAGAAAUCAUUUCAGAGCCAGAAUUAUCUGAUGUUACUGAAGCUGUUACUGAAGAUGUGCAGCCAUCUGAAAUUACUGUUGAAUUUGAAAAACCUGCAGAAGAACAGCCAGAUACUUACAAGACAGAAUUUGUACAGGAAAUCAUUUCACAGCCAGAAGUAUCUGAUGUUACAGAAGCUGUUACUGAAGAUGUGCAGCCAUCUGAAAUUACUGUUGAAUUUGAAAAGCCAGUAGAAGAACAGCCAGAUACUUAUAAGACAGAAUUUGUACAAGAAAUCAUUUCACAGCCAGAAAUAUCUGAUGUUACUGAAGCUUUUACUGAAGAUGUGCAGCCAUCUGGAAUUACUGAUGAAUUUGUAAAACCAGCUGAAGAAAAGCCAAAUACUUACAAGACAGAAUUUGUACAAGAAAUCAUUUCACAGCCAGAAGUAUCUGAUGUUACUGAAGCUGUUACUGAAGAUGUGCAGCCAUCUGAAAUUACUGUUGAAUUUGAAAAGCCAGCAGAAGAACAGCCAGAUAUUUACAAGAUAGAAUUUGUACAAGAAAUCAUUUCACAGCCAGAAGUAUCUGAUGUUACAGAAGCUGUUACUGAAGAUGUGCAGCCAUCUGAAAUUACUGUUGAAUUUGAAAAGCCAGUAGAAGAACAGCCAGAUACUUAUAAGACAGAAUUUGUACAAGAAAUCAUUUCACAGCCAGAAAUAUCUGAUGUUACUGAAGCUUUUACUGAAGAUGUGCAGCCAUCUGGAAUUACUGAUGAAUUUGUAAAACCAGCUGAAGAACAGCCAGAUACUUACAAGACAGAAUUUGUACAAGAAAUCAUUUCACAGCCAGAAGUAUCUGAUGUUACAGAAGCUGUUACUGAAGAUGUGCAGCCAUCUGAAAUUACUGUUGAAUUUGAAAAGCCAGCAGAAGAACAGCCAGAUACUUACAAGACAGAAUUUGUACAAGAAAUCAUUUCACAGCCAGAAGUAUCUGAUGUUACUGAAGCUUUUACUGAAGAUGUGCAGCCAUCUGAAAUUACUGUUGAAUUUGAAAAACCAGCAGAAGAACAGCCAGAUACUUACAAGACAGAAUUUGUACAAGAAAUCAUUUCACAGCCAGAAGUGACUGAAAUCACUGACACUUUAAUAGAUACUUUUAAAGAAAAAGACAUGUCUUCUGUUUAUGAUUCUAUUGAUUCCUUUCAACCUGAACAAAGUAAUGUUCAACUUACAGAAGAAGUUACAGAACAUUUGAAUGUCUUUGUUUUUGAUCAGUUCAAUACAUCUGCAGCUACUGAACAGAUUGAAGAGUUUGCUGAAGUUAUGGCUCAGAAGCUUAUAGCUGAUAUGAGAGAACACAAACCUGAUGAUGCUAAAAUUGUGUCUAUUGAAAAGCCAGUUUCUGAUGAAGGCAAAGCUGAAGAGAUGCUACAAGAAGCUGAAGGGAUUAAUGAGGAAAUAGAGAUUGCUGAUACAGAAGAAAUAAAAGAUGUUCAACUUGAUCAGCCAAAAGAAGAAACUAUUGAGGAAGAAAGAAGUGUUAUUGUAGUAGACUUUGAGAAACCUCAGGAGGUUGAGGAAGUGGAAGAGAAAGUGGAAUUCCCAUAUGUUAAAGACACUGUUGAAGUAGAAAUACAGCAACCUACUGAAGAAACAAUUGAAAUUGUUAAAGACAUUAUUAUUGUUGAAAAAGAAAAAGCUCAGGAAGUGAAGGAAAUGGAAGAGGAAGUUGAAACCCCAGUUGUCAAGGAAACUGUUGAGGUAGAAGUAGAACAACCAACUGAGGAAACAGUUGAAAUUUACAAAGAGACUAUUGUUGUGGAAAAAGAAAAGCCUCAGAAAGUUGAGGAGACUACUGAAGAAGUAGAAACCACUACUUUCCAAGAAAUCAUUGAAUUCAAUAUUCAGCAGUCAAACAUUGAAGAAGCUGAAAUAACACCACUAGAAAAGCCAGAAGUACCUCAAGAGUUUGAGCCUGAUGUAAAAGAAGCAGUGCACACUGAAGCUCCAAGAUUUGUGACUUCACUUUUAGACAUUACAGUUCUGGAAAACACUCGUACUGUAAUGGAAGUUGUAUUUAGUGGGCUUCCCGCUCCCAACGUUACAUGGUUUGUGGAUGAUGAAGAAAUUCUUCCAGGUGAUGGAGUGGACAUUGUCACAGAGAGCAACCGUUCCAUCCUCAUCUUUUCUGAAAUUUACCCUGAUGAUGAAGGCAUUUACAAAGUGGAGUUGAACAAUAAGGUUGGAAGCUGCAUCAGCACAGCCUACAUUACUGUUAUUUCUGAGAGUAAAGGUCCGGAGCAGCCCACUGAAGAUGUUGUCACCAAGGAAGAGAUUCUUGAAGAGACAAGCUUUGAAGUUGAAGUUGAAAUAAAUAAAGAGGAGAAAGUGACAAGUGAAAUUGUUUCCCAAGAAACUAUUGUAGUACAAAAAGAAGCCCCAGAAGAAGCACCUGAAGCUCCCCGUUUCACACAAACUCUCCAAAAAGAUCUUGUUGUGUUUGAAGGCUCUACCGUUAUGCUUGUUUGUUUUGUAGUCGGCAAGCCCACACCAGUUGUAACCUGGUACAAGGAGGAGGUGGAAAUAACCCGCAUGGAUCGUUACAUCUCCACCUAUGAGAAUGGACUGUGCACAUUGGUAAUUAAUAAUGUGACUCUUGAUGAUGAGGCAGAGUUCAUCUGCAAAGCUACCAAUGAGGCUGGAACUGCUACAACUUAUGUUGAUAUUUUCGUAGAAAAACCAGAGGAGCCCAGAGCACCUUCUGCUGAGCUAGAGCUGCCUCUUGAAGAGCAGCCAGAGUUGAAGCAACCUGAGGAGAGUUUACCAGUUACCACAUCUCUGGAGUUUACAGUCUCAGAAUUCACUUCAUCUGAGAUUGAUACAGCAGAGACACUUAUUGAUAAGUACUUUGACAUCCCUGAGACGGAGGAAGUUUCCAAAUCCCCAGAAAUCUUGGCACAGGAAGUUACCCAAAUCAUACCUGUUGAGAUUUCUCAAGAGGAAGAAAAACCCAGCAAAGACACGUCUGCAGAAUUUGAUGUGAAGGCUGAAGCCCCUGAAAUAUCAACUUCAGUUGAUGCUUUUGAGACUCUUAUCAGCCAGAUUGAGGAAGCUGUUACCGAAGACAGAAUCUCUGUCACAGACGAGACAGCUGAGCAGACAAUUUUCACAACAACAGAAGACACUUUCGAUAUUGUUGAAAAAGUUGGAAACAAGCCAACAUUUGUGAAAGAGCUUGAGAGCAUAGAGGCCACCGAAGGACAGCCUGUUCGUUUUGAGGUUGUUGUCCAUGGAGAACCAACACCAGAGGUGACCUGGUUCUUGGAUGGUGAAAUCAUUCGCGACUCUCAAGUCUACAAAAUAGAGACUGGACCUGAUGGACUUUGUUCACUUUUCCUUCCUGAAUCAUUCCCAGAGGAUGAGGGUGAAUAUGAAUGUCAAGCUACGAAUGUCUAUGGAACAGUUUCUACUAAAGCUGACUUAUAUAUACAAGGAGUUUCUACUGACAAGAUGAUUCCUUUAAAUGACUUCAAAAGUGAAGGCACACAUGGGGAGUAUCCCACAGAAGACUUCAAAAUGUCCACUGAUCUCUCUGAAUAUCUAGAUGAUAAUUAUGAUGCUAAAUUUGUAGAUUAUAGCAUAGGUUAUCCUUUAGAUCAAGAUAUAAAUCAAACAGUUUUGUUGGAAGACACUGACAACAAAUCUAAAGAAGUCAAUGAGACAGAAAAUCUGGAAACAUUAGAUAAUGAGACUGAUCAUGUUCUUGCUGUUGAAAUGAUUCAAAAAUCAAAAGACACAUUUAAAUCAGAAGAUCAAGAACUGUCAGAUGAAAAUAGUGAUUUUGUUUUAGCCCCUGAAAUUCUUGUCUCAAAAGAUACUAGACAUGAGGAAAAACAGACUUUAACAAAUGUUAACAAAUCAAAUAAUAGUACAGACAAUGACACUGGUAUCUUUUUGUCUGAAAUAUUAGAAGACACAAUUAAGGAAGGGAUCAAAUUGGUUAAAGAAGACAAAACACAAGUAGAGAGAGAAAAUAAAAAAGACAAUGUCUCUUCAUUAGAAAUAGAAGCUGUAAAAGACACAUUUACACCAGUUGAUGUUGUAACUCAAGAUAACAAUGCUACACUAGUUGAUGGAGUAACUCAAGAUAACAAUGCUACACAAGUUGAUGGAGUAACUCAAGAUAACAAUGCUACACCAGUUGAUGAAGUAACUCAAGAUAACAAUGCUACACCAGUUGAUGUUGUAACUCAAGAUAACAAUGCUACACUAGUUGAUGGAGUAACUCAAAAAGACAAUGUUACACCAGUUGAUGAAGUAAUUCAAGAAGAUGAACAGACAGAUAAAGACUCUAUAAGAGAAAAGGUUACAGUGGAAGAUAAAGUCAAAACUGAGGAGACAACUGAGAUAUUGUCUACAUUAAUAGAAACUGAGAAAGAAGUCAAAGAAACUGAAGAAAUAAUAAAUACAGAAGUGACAUUAACAGACAAAGAAGUGCUAGAGACUGAAGAAAUAAUAAAUACAGAAGUGACAUUAACAGAGAAAGAAGUGCUAGAAACUGAAGAAAUAAUAAAUACAGAAGUGACAUUAACAGAGAAAGAAGUGCUAGAAACUGAAGAAAUAAUAAAUACAGAAGUGACAUUAACAGACAAAGAAGUGAUUGAAACUGAAGAAAUAACAGACAAAGAACUGACAGAAACUGAAGAAAUAACAGACAAAGAAGUGAUAGAAACUGAAGAAAUAACUGAAAAAGAAGUGAUAGAAGCUGAAGAAAUAACAGAGAAAGAAGUGAUAGAAACUGAAGAAAUAACUGAAAAAGAACUGACAGAAACUGAAGAAAUAACAGAGAAAGAAGUGAUAGAAACUGAAGAAAUAACUGAAAAAGAACUGACAGGAACUGAAGAAAUAACAGACAAAGAACUGACAGAAACUGAAGAAAUAACAGAGAAAGAAGUGACAGAAACUGAAGAAAUAACUGAAAAAGAACUGACAGAAACUGAAGAAAUAACAGACAAAGAAGUGAUAAAAACUGAAGAAAUAACAGAAAAAGAACUGACAGAAACUGAAGAAAUAACAGAGAAAGAAGUGAUAGAAACUGAAGAAAUAACAGAGAAAGAAGUGACAGAAACUGAAGAAAUAACAGAGAAAGAACUGACAGAAACUGAAGAAAUAACAGAGAAAGAAGUGAUAGAAACUGAAGAAAUAACUGAAAAAGAACUGACAGAAACUGAAGAAAUAACAGACAAAGAAGUGAUAGAAACUGAAGAAAUAACUGAAAAAGAACUGACAGAAACUGAAGAAAUAACAGACAAAGAACUGACAGAAACUGAAGAAAUAACAGACAAAGAACUGACAGAAACUGAAGAAAUUACUGAGAAAGUAGUGAUAGAAACUGAAGAAAUAACAGAGAAAGAAGUGACAGAAACUGAAGAAAUAACAGAGAACGAAGUGAUAGAAACUAAAAUAAUAACAGAGAAAGAAGUGAUAGAAUCUGAAAUAAUAACAGAGAAAGAAGUGAUAGAAACUGAAGAAAUAAUAAAUACAGAAGUGACAUUAACAGACAAAGAAGUCAUAGAAACUGAAGAAAUAAUAAAUACAGAAGUGACAUUAACAGACAAAGAACUGACAGAAACUGAAGAAAUAACAGAGAAAGAAGUAAUAGAAACUGAAGAAAUAACUGAAAAAGAACUGACAGAAACUGAAGAAAUAACAGAGAAAGAAGUGAUAAAAACUGAAGAAAUAACAGAGAAAGAAGUGAUAGAAACUGAAGAAAUAACUGAAAAAGAACUGACAGAAACUGAAGAAAUAACAGAGAAAGAAGGGAUAGAAACUGAAGAAAUAACUGAAAAAGAACUGACAGGAACUGAAGAAAUAACAGACAAAGAACUGACAGAAACUGAAGAAAUAACAGAGAAAGAAGUGACAGAAACUGAAGAAAUAACAGAGAAAGAAGUGAUAGAAACUGAAGAAAUAACAGAAAAAGAACUGACAGAAACUGAAGAAAUAACAGAGAAAGAAGUGAUAGAAACUGAAGAAAUAACAGAGAAAGAAGUGACAGAAACUGAAGAAAUAACAGAGAAAGAACUGACAGAAACUGAAGAAAUAACAGAGAAAGAAGUGAUAGAAACUGAAGAAAUAACUGAAAAAGAACUGACAGAAACUGAAGAAAUAACAGACAAAGAACUGACAGAAACUGAAGAAAUAACAGACAAAGAACUGACAGAAACUGAAGAAAUUACUGAGAAAGUAGUGAUAGAAACUGAAGAAAUAACAGAGAAAGAAGUGAUAGAAACUGAAGAAAUAACAGAGAAAGAAGUGAUAGAAACUAAAAUAAUAACAGAGAAAGAAGUGAUAGAAUCUGAAAUAAUAACAGAGAAAGAAGUGAUAGAAACUGAAGAAAUAAUAAAUACAGAAGUGACAUUAACAGACAAAGAAGUGAUAGAAACUGAAGAAAUAACAGAGAAAGAAGUGAUAGAAACUGAAGAAAUAACUGAAAAAGAACUGACAGAAACUGAAGAAAUAACAGAGAAAGAAGUGAUAGAAACUGAAGAAAUAACUGAAAAAGAACUGACAGAAACUGAAGAAAUAACAGAGAAAGAAGUGAUAAAAACUGAAGAAAUAACAGAGAAAGAAGUGAUAGAAACUGAAGAAAUAACUGAAAAAGAACUGACAGAAACUGAAGAAAUAACAGAGAAAGAAGUGAUAGAAACUGAAGAAAUAACUGAAAAAGAACUGACAGGAACUGAAGAAAUAACAGACAAAGAACUGACAGAAACUGAAGAAAUAACAGAGAAAGAAGUGACAGAAACUGAAGAAAUAACUGAAAAAGAACUGACAGAAACUGAAGAAAUAACAGAGAAAGAAGUGAUAGAAACUGAAGAAAUAACUGAAAAAGAACUGACAGAAACUGAAGAAAUAACAGAGAAAGAAGUGAUAAAAACUGAAGAAAUAACAGAGAAAGAAGUGAUAGAAACUGAAGAAAUAACUGAAAAAGAACUGACAGAAACUGAAGAAAUAACAGAGAAAGAAGUGAUAGAAACUGAAGAAAUAACUGAAAAAGAACUGACAGGAACUGAAGAAAUAACAGACAAAGAACUGACAGAAACUGAAGAAAUAACAGAGAAAGAAGUGACAGAAACUGAAGAAAUAACUGAAAAAGAACUGACAGAAACUGAAGAAAUAACAGAGAAAGAAGUGAUAGAAACUGAAGUAAUAACAGAGAAAGAAGUGAUGGAAACUGAAGAAAUAACAGAGAAAGAAGUGAUAGAAACUGAAGAAAUAACAGAGAAAGAAGUGAUAGAAACUGAAGAAAUAACAGAGAAAGAAGUGAUAGAAACUGGAGAAAUAACAGUGAAAGAAGUGAUAGAAACUGAAGUAAUAACAGAGAAAGAAGUGAUAGAAACUGAAGUAAUAACAGAGAAAGAAGUGAUGGAAACUGAAGAAAUAACAGAGAAAGAAGUGAUAGAAACUGAAGAAAUAACAGAGAAAGAAGUGAUAGAAACUGAAGAAAUAACAGAGAAAGAAGUGAUAGAAACUGAAGAAAUAACAGAGAAAGAAGUGAUAGAAACUGAAGAAAUAACUGAGAAAGAAGUGAUAGAAACUGAAGUAAUAACUGAGAAAGAAGUGAUAGAAACUGAAGAAAUAACAGAGAAAGAAGUGAUAGAAACUGAAGAAAUAACUGAGAAAGAAGUGAUAGAAACUGAAGUAAUAACUGAGAAAGAAGUGAUAGAAACUGAAGAAGUAACAGAGAAAGAAGUGAUAGAAACUGAAGUAAUAACUGAGAAAGAAGUGAUAGAAACUGAAGAAAUAACAGAGAAAGAAGUGAUAGAAACUGAAGAAAUAACUGAGAAAGUAGUGAUAGAAACUGAAGAAAUAACAGAGAAAGAAGUGACAGAAACUGAAGAAAUAACAGAGAAAGAAGUGAUAGAAACUGAAGAAAUAACAGAGAAAGAAGUAAUAGAAACUGAAGAAACGUUAGAGAAAGAAUUAAUGGAAACUGAAGAAAUAACUGAGAAAGAAGUAAUAGAAACUGAAGAAAUAACUGAGAAAGAAGUGAUAGAAACUGAAGAAAUAACUGAGAAAGAAGUGAUAGAAACUGAAGUAAUAACUGAGAAAGAAGUGAUAGAAACUGAAGAAAUAACAGAGAAAGAAGUGAUAGAAACUGAAGUAAUAACUGAGAUAGAAGUGAUAGAAACUGAAGAAAUAACAGAGAAAGAAGUGAUAGAAACUGAAGAAAUAACUGAGAAAGAAGUAAUAGAAACUGAAGUAAUAACUGAGAAAGAAGUGAUAGAAACUGAAGAAAUAACAGAGAAAGAAGUGAUAGAAACUGAAGAAAUAACUGAGAAAGAAGUAAUAGAAACUGAAGAAAUGUUAGAGAAAGAAGUGAUAGAAACUGAAGAAAUAACAGAGAAAGAAGUAAUAGAAACUGAAGAAAUGUUAGAGAAAGAAGUGAUAGAAACUGAAGAAAUAACUGAGAAAGAAGUAAUAGAAACUGAAGAAAUGUUAGAGAAAGAAGUGAUAGAAACUAAAGAAAUAACUGAGAAAGAAGUAAUAGAAACUGAAGAAAUAACUGAGAAAGAAGUGAUAGAAACUGAAGAAAUAACAGAGAAAGAAGUGAUAGAAACUGAAGAAAUAACAGACAAAGAAGUGAUAGAAACUGAAGUAAUAACUGAAAAAGAAGUAAUAGAAACUGAAGAAGUAGCAGAGAAAGAAGUGAUAGAAACUGAAGAAAUAAUAAAUACAGAAGUGACAUUGACAGAAAAAGAAGUGCUAGAUACUGAAGAAAUAACAAAAAAAGAAGAAAUAAUUGAAACUAAAGAAACCACUGAUAAAGAAGUGACAGAAACUGAAGAAACCACUGAUAAAGAAGUGACAGAAACUGAAGAAACCACUGAUAAAGAAGUGACAGAAACUGAAGUAAUAACAGAAAAAGAAGUGAUAGAAACUGAAGUAAUAACAGAGAAAGAAGUGAUAGAAACUGAAGUAAUAACAGAAAAAGAAGUGAUAGAAACUGAAGUAAUAACAGAGAAAGAAGUGAUAGAAACUGAAGUAAUAACUGAAAAAGAAGUGAUAGAAACUGAAGAAAUAACAGAGAAAGAAGUGAUAGAAACUGAAGAAAUAACAGAGAAAGUAGUGAUAGAAACUGAAGAAGUAACAGAGAAAGAAGUAAUAGAAACUGAAGAAAUGUUAGAGAAAGAAGUGAUAGAAACUCAAGAAAUAGCUAUUUCAGAAGUGACAUUGACAGAAAUAACAGAAAUAGAUCUGCAAGAUACUGAAGAAGUAACAGAGAAAAAAGUGAUAGAAACUGAAGAAAUAACAGAGAAAGAAGUGAUAGAAACUGAAGAAAUAACAGAGAAAGAAGUAAUAGAAACUGAAGAAACGUUAGAGAAAGAAUUAAUGGAAACUGAAGAAAUAACUGAGAAAGAAGUAAUAGAAACUGAAGAAAUAACUGAGAAAGAAGUGAUAGAAACUGAAGAAAUAACUGAGAAAGAAGUGAUAGAAACUGAAGUAAUAACUGAGAAAGAAGUGAUAGAAACUGAAGAAAUAACAGAGAAAGAAGUGAUAGAAACUGAAGAAAUAACUGAGAAAGAAGUGAUAGAAACUGAAGUAAUAACUGAGAAAGAAGUGAUAGAAACUGAAGAAAUAACAGAGAAAGAAGUGAUAGAAACUGAAGAAAUAACUGAGAAAGAAGUGAUAGAAACUGAAGUAAUAACUGAGAAAGAAGUGAUAGAAACUGAAGAAAUAACAGAGAAAGAAGUGAUAGAAACUGAAGAAAUAACUGAGAAAGAAGUAAUAGAAACUGAAGAAAUGUUAGAGAAAGAAGUGAUAGAAACUGAAGAAAUAACAGAGAAAGAAGUAAUAGAAACUGAAGAAAUGUUAGAGAAAGAAGUGAUAGAAACUGAAGAAAUAACUGAGAAAGAAGUAAUAGAAACUGAAGAAAUGUUAGAGAAAGAAGUGAUAGAAACUAAAGAAAUAACUGAGAAAGAAGUAAUAGAAACUGAAGAAAUAACUGAGAAAAAAGAUAUAGAAACUGAAGAAAUAACAGAGAAAGAAGUGAUAGAAACUGAAGAAAUAACAGACAAAGAAGUGAUAGAAACUGAAGUAAUAACUGAAAAAGAAGUAAUAGAAACUGAAGAAGUAGCAGAGAAAGAAGUGAUAGAAACUGAAGAAAUAAUAAAUACAGAAGUGACAUUGACAGAAAAAGAAGUGCUAGAUACUGAAGAAAUAACAAAAAAAGAAGAAAUAAUUGAAACUAAAGAAACCACUGAUAAAGAAGUGACAGAAACUGAAGAAACCACUGAUAAAGAAGUGACAGAAACUGAAGAAACCACUGAUAAAGAAGUGACAGAAACUGAAGUAAUAACAGAAAAAGAAGUGAUAGAAACUGAAGUAAUAACAGAGAAAGAAGUGAUAGAAACUGAAGUAAUAACAGAAAAAGAAGUGAUAGAAACUGAAGUAAUAACAGAGAAAGAAGUGAUAGAAACUGAAGUAAUAACUGAAAAAGAAGUGAUAGAAACUGAAGAAAUAACAGAGAAAGAAGUGAUAGAAACUGAAGAAAUAACAGAGAAAGUAGUGAUAGAAACUGAAGAAGUAACAGAGAAAGAAGUAAUAGAAACUGAAGAAAUGUUAGAGAAAGAAGUGAUAGAAACUCAAGAAAUAGCUAUUUCAGAAGUGACAUUGACAGAAAUAACAGAAAUAGAUCUGCAAGAUACUGAAGAAGUAACAGAGAAAAAAGUGAUAGAAACUGAAGAAAUAACAGAGAAAGAAGUGAUAGAAACUGAAGUAAUAACAGAAAAAGAAGUGAUAGAAACUGAAGUAAUAACAGAGAAAGAAGUGAUAGAAACUGAAGUAAUAACUGAAAAAGAAGUAAUAGAAACUGAAGAAGUAGCAGAGAAAGAAGUGAUAGAAACUGAAGAAAUAGCUAUUUCAGAAGUGACAUUGACAGAAAUAACAGAAAUAGAUCUGCAAGAUACUGAAGAAGUAACAGAGAAAAAAGUGAUAGAAACUGAAGAAAUAACAGAGAAAGAAGUGAUAGAAACUGAAGUAAUAACAGAGAAAGAAGUGAUAGAAACUGAAGUAAUAACUGAGAUAGAAGUGAUAGAAACUGAAGAAAUAACAGAGAAAGAAGUGAUAGAAACUGAAGAAAUAACUGAGAAAGAAGUAAUAGAAACUGAAGUAAUAACUGAGAAAGAAGUGAUAGAAACUGAAGAAAUAACAGAGAAAGAAGUGAUAGAAACUGAAGAAAUAACUGAGAAAGAAGUAAUAGAAACUGAAGUAAUAACUGAAAAAGAAGUGAUAGAAACUGAAGAAAUAACAGAGAAAGAAGUGAUAGAAACUGAAGAAAUAACAGAGAAAGUAGUGAUAGAAACUGAAGAAGUAACAGAGAAAGAAGUAAUAGAAACUGAAGAAAUGUUAGAGAAAGAAGUGAUAGAAACUCAAGAAAUAGCUAUUUCAGAAGUGACAUUGACAGAAAUAACAGAAAUAGAUCUGCAAGAUACUGAAGAAGUAACAGAGAAAAAAGUGAUAGAAACUGAAGAAAUAACAGAGAAAGAAGUGAUAGAAACUGAAGAAAUAACAGAGAAAGAAGUAAUAGAAACUGAAGAAACGUUAGAGAAAGAAUUAAUGGAAACUGAAGAAAUAACUGAGAAAGAAGUAAUAGAAACUGAAGAAAUAACUGAGAAAGAAGUGAUAGAAACUGAAGAAAUAACUGAGAAAGAAGUGAUAGAAACUGAAGUAAUAACUGAGAAAGAAGUGAUAGAAACUGAAGAAAUAACAGAGAAAGAAGUGAUAGAAACUGAAGUAAUAACUGAGAAAGAAGUGAUAGAAACUGAAGAAAUAACAGAGAAAGAAGUGAUAGAAACUGAAGAAAUAACUGAGAAAGAAGUGAUAGAAACUGAAGUAAUAACUGAGAAAGAAGUGAUAGAAACUGAAGAAAUAACAGAGAAAGAAGUGAUAGAAACUGAAGAAAUAACUGAGAAAGAAGUGAUAGAAACUGAAGUAAUAACUGAGAAAGAAGUGAUAGAAACUGAAGAAAUAACAGAGAAAGAAGUGAUAGAAACUGAAGAAAUAACUGAGAAAGAAGUAAUAGAAACUGAAGAAAUGUUAGAGAAAGAAGUGAUAGAAACUGAAGAAAUAACAGAGAAAGAAGUAAUAGAAACUGAAGAAAUGUUAGAGAAAGAAGUGAUAGAAACUGAAGAAAUAACUGAGAAAGAAGUAAUAGAAACUGAAGAAAUGUUAGAGAAAGAAGUGAUAGAAACUAAAGAAAUAACUGAGAAAGAAGUAAUAGAAACUGAAGAAAUAACUGAGAAAGAAGAUAUAGAAACUGAAGAAAUAACAGAGAAAGAAGUGAUAGAAACUGAAGAAAUAACAGACAAAGAAGUGAUAGAAACUGAAGUAAUAACUGAAAAAGAAGUAAUAGAAACUGAAGAAGUAGCAGAGAAAGAAGUGAUAGAAACUGAAGAAAUAAUAAAUACAGAAGUGACAUUGACAGAAAAAGAAGUGCUAGAUACUGAAGAAAUAACAAAAAAAGAAGAAAUAAUUGAAACUAAAGAAACCACUGAUAAAGAAGUGACAGAAACUGAAGAAACCACUGAUAAAGAAGUGACAGAAACUGAAGAAACCACUGAUAAAGAAGUGACAGAAACUGAAGUAAUAACAGAAAAAGAAGUGAUAGAAACUGAAGUAAUAACAGAGAAAGAAGUGAUAGAAACUGAAGUAAUAACAGAAAAAGAAGUGAUAGAAACUGAAGUAAUAACAGAGAAAGAAGUGAUAGAAACUGAAGUAAUAACUGAAAAAGAAGUGAUAGAAACUGAAGAAAUAACAGAGAAAGAAGUGAUAGAAACUGAAGAAAUAACAGAGAAAGUAGUGAUAGAAACUGAAGAAGUAACAGAGAAAGAAGUAAUAGAAACUGAAGAAAUGUUAGAGAAAGAAGUGAUAGAAACUCAAGAAAUAGCUAUUUCAGAAGUGACAUUGACAGAAAUAACAGAAAUAGAUCUGCAAGAUACUGAAGAAGUAACAGAGAAAAAAGUGAUAGAAACUGAAGAAAUAACAGAGAAAGAAGUGAUAGAAACUGAAGUAAUAACAGAAAAAGAAGUGAUAGAAACUGAAGUAAUAACAGAGAAAGAAGUGAUAGAAACUGAAGUAAUAACUGAAAAAGAAGUAAUAGAAACUGAAGAAGUAGCAGAGAAAGAAGUGAUAGAAACUGAAGAAAUAGCUAUUUCAGAAGUGACAUUGACAGAAAUAACAGAAAUAGAUCUGCAAGAUACUGAAGAAGUAACAGAGAAAAAAGUGAUAGAAACUGAAGAAAUAACAGAGAAAGAAGUGAUAGAAACUGAAGUAAUAACAGAGAAAGAAGUGAUAGAAACUGAAGUAAUAACAGAGAAAGAAGUGAUAGAAACUGAAGUAAUAACUGAAAAAGAAGUAAUAGAAACUGAAGAAGUAGCAGAGAAAGAAGUGAUAGAAACUGAAGAAAUAGCUAUUUCAGAAGUGACAUUGACAGAAAUAACAGAAAUAGAUCUGCAAGAUACUGAAGAAGUAACAGAGAAAAAAGUGAUAGAAACUGAAGAAAUAACAGAGAAAGAACUGACAGAAACUCAAGAAAAAACAGAGAAAGAAGUGAUAGAAACUGAAGUAAUAACAGAGAAAGAAGUGAUGGAAACUGAAGAAAUAACAGAGAAAGAAGUGAUAGAAACUGAAGAAAUAACAGAGAAAGAAGUGAUAGAAACUGAAGUAAUAACAGAGAAAGAAGUGAUGGAAACUGAAGAAAUAACAGAGAAAGAAGUGAUAGAAACUGAAGAAAUAACAGAGAAAGAAGUGAUAGAAACUGAAGAAAUGUUAGAGAAAGAAGUGAUAGAAACUGAAGUAAUAACAGAGAAAGAAGUGAUAGAAACUGAAGUAAUAACAGAGAAAGAAGUGAUGGAAACUGAAGAAAUAACAGAGAAAGAAGUGAUAGAAACUGAAGAAAUAACAGAGAAAGAAGUGAUAGAAACUGAAGAAAUAACAGAGAAAGAAGUGAUAGAAACUGAAAUAAUAACAGAGAAAAAAGUGAUAGAAACUGAAGAAAUGUUAGAGAAAGAAGUGAUAGAAACUGAAGAAAUAACUGAGAAAGAAGUAAUAGAAACUGAAGAAAUGUUAGAGAAAGAAGUGAUAGAAACUGAAGAAAUAACUGAGAAAGAAGUAAUAGAAACUGAAGAAAUAACUGAGAAAGAAGUGAUAGAAACUGAAGAAAUAACAGAGAAAGAAGUGAUAGAAACUGAAGAAAUAACAGAGAAAGAAGUGAUAGAAACUGAAGUAAUAACUGAGAAAGAAGUGAUAGAAACUGAAGAAAUAACAGAGAAAGAAGUGAUAGAAACUGAAGAAAUAACUGAGAAAGAAGUAAUAGAAACUGAAGAAAUGUUAGAGAAAGAAGUGAUAGAAACUGAAGAAAUAGCUAUUUCAGAAGUGACAUUGACAGAAAUAACAGAAAUAGAACUGCAAAAUAUUGAAGAAGUAACAGAGAAAAAAGUGAUAGAAUCUGAAGUAACAUUUGACAAUAAAGCGACAGAAACUGAAGAAAUACAAAUUACGGAAGUUACUUUGACAGAUACUUUGUCAGACAAGAUUCUUUUCAUUAUAGAAGAGAGAGAUGAAGAACCAUUGAAAGCUGUUAACCCUCCAAUUCAAGAUGUUCUAAUAAUUGAGAGAAGUACUUUUAAUCAACCUAAUAUGAAUCAAUCAUUUGAUUUUGAAAGAGACACAACUUUGAAGUCUGACUCUCCGCAUAAGGAAUAUCCUAAUGUCCAAGUGACUGAGACAGUUAGUGUUUCUAUAACAACCACCAAAAUCACAACCAGUCUGAGCAUUUCCUCCAAGAUACUAACUCAACCUUCAGGAGCACCAGAAAGCAUCAUGUCAACAAUGGUGCCUAAUGUUAGCAUCCUGACAGAGGGUAACAAUGAAGAUGUAACUGAAGCUGAGAAGAGGCGUGUAGGUGAAGAGAACAUUGAUAGUGAUGAGCAACAUCUUCUACUGGAGCAGCAGCAGGAUAAACAGAUUCGAGUGAAAGUCUUAAAACCCCACACAGACGACUUAUCAGCAGAACAUGGACUUGAAAUAUCAAUAUCAAGAACCUCUUAUAAAGAUGCUUCUGAAACAGGAGUGUCAAAAGGAAUUAAAACAGUGACUGAGACUUAUGAUAUUACCAAUGACAACCUGGAGGAAAUGAUUGAUCUCACCUUGACUCCUGUAAAAGUAGAAAAUCUUUCCGACAGACAGCCACACUAUGCUUCUGAAAUAAAUAAAGACACAGAUGUUUUACUUCUGACUGAGCAAGUUGAUAAUGAAGUGAGCAACAGUAGCUUCCCUGCUGAAGUUGACUUCAUAAAUUCAUCUGUUUGGGGAUCAGAAUUAGAUGAUGAAAUGUCAUCAGACUUUGAAGUAAGGGAUGUUCAUUAUGAUGAGGUCAAAAGAGGAACUGAGGAUGUUGAUAAUAUUGAACUACUGGAUCUGCAUGAACCACAACAUGAAACAGAUGUGUCCCAAUAUUUUGAUCUAAAUAUCCCUCUCAGUGAAACAGACAUUUUCAAUGAAGAAACUAAUCUUCCACAAGUGAAUGCUCCUAUGGUUGAACAGUUGAUUCUAACAAGAGAAACAAUUAAUAGAGAUGGAACAACCAGAACAAGGGCUGAUACAGUAAGUGAAAAGCCAGAAUGCAGGGAGCCUUUCAGAACACCUCUUGUGAAUAUCAAUGUAUCACUUGAUGAAGAGAAGGCAGAAAGAAUUUUAAGACAGCUGACUCAGCGGCCAGAAGUAACUUCAGUCACAACUACACUAAGAGAAAGUAGUGUUUUCCCAGACAAAGAUGAACUCUCAUCCAGAUCACUUAGCGCAAGUGAGGAAUUCUUUGAACUGUUCAGUAGACCAAAUAAAGAAUCAACACCUUUGCCAGAAUUGGGCUCAAGGCGAGCUUCCUGUAUCCGCAGAAAUUCUGAAACUGUGAUACGAGAAUCAGUCUUAACUGAACCUCAGCAGCAUCUGCCUUGUGAACUAAAUGAGAAGGAUGAAACAGAAGAGGACACCAUUUUGCAAAUCAAUAUAUCUUUUGAUGGACUUAGACAACGUCUGUGCAACCAGGCUAUUCCUAAGUCUACAGAUAGGAGAUGCUCAGUAUCCAGAAAUUAUGAAGUAACAGAUAAUGAACUAGAUGAAAGUAGGGCUUCUUUAUUGCAAGGUACAGGCAGAGAUGAUGUUGAUGAUGAUGAAAAAUUACAAAAAUAUCCUGAUAUUCCUUUACUAACAGUAGAAGCAGAUUCUGAGGGAAGUGAUGUUGAGCAUGAAGAAACAGUACUUGAGGUUGCCAAUUUAGUCACAGUUACAGUGAAAUCUGAGAAAACAACAAAUGCCAUUUCUGAUAUAAGCAUUAAAAUUUCAGCCAAAGAUUUCAGAACUGGUGCUAAUAGACUUGGAGGCUUAUUGACUCUUCCUGAAAUACUAGCUGGUAAUUUUUCAAAGUUGAAAGCCCAAGCAAAAAGAGAUGAAAAAGAUGUGCCCACAGAUGAUGCUGAUGUAACAGAAACAAAAGAUGUUAUUUUCAAAGAUGUUGAUGCAACAGAAAAAAAAGAAGUUAUCUCCAAAGAUGUUGAUGUCAUAGAUGAUGUAGAAGAUACCACAAUAGAUUAUGCUGUUGUCAAAGAUGAUGAAGUUUUUCUCACAGAUAAUGUUGGUACCAAAGUAGAUGAAAUAUUGUUUACAAAAGAUGUUAAUGUCAUGAGAGAUGCAGAAGCAUCAGCAGCAGAUUUUGAUGUCAAAGAAGAUGAACAAGCUUUCUAUGCAAAGGAUGCAAGCCAGAGCAAUCUAUUAAGGACUAUUUCUGAAGUAGAUCAAAGUAGGACUGGUUCACCAGGUUUGACGUCUUUAACAAAUGAUGAACUCCAACAGCAGACAAAUGUGCUAGCUAAAGACUCUUUCUUUGAUGUUUCUACUACUUUAGCUACAACCUAUCCAGAAGAUUUCACUGUUGUUGAUUCAAGUGAUACUAUCAAUGAAACUUGUGUUCCUCAUCAGCUAGCAAGCACAACAGAUUUUGUGGCAGAUAUUGAAAAUGGAAACCCACAAAAAAGCUCUUCACCAUUGAGUGAUUUUAUGGAUGAAUCAAUGCAAACAAUAUCUCCUAUCUCUCCCUUGUCAUCUUCAUCAGAAAUAUUUUCGUUGCCUGGCGAUGAUUCACUUGACCUAUCAGCUACCUCAAAGUUAAUAGAUGAUCAAUUUCUUGAGUUGACAGAGUUAAUGCACAUUUCUGACAGUACUAAUUCAGAGUCAAUUAAUGUAAAUGCUGAAUCUAAAGGUGUCACAGAUGAUCAUACAGAUGAAAGUAGCUUUGGGCUUCUUUCAGCUAUAGUAGAAUGCACAGAAGAAUCUCUAGCUAGCAUUUCACAACAUGAUGACUCCAACCAUUUAAUUCACAGUGAGCCACAUCAUCUCAGUACUACUCUUUCUGAAACAAAUUUGGUAGAAGCGCUAAGUAAAAACUUGAGGGAAACAAGUCCUGAGCAAAAGUGUAGUCUGAAGGUCAAAUCAAAACCGACUUUAGAACAUAAUGACAUAGAUGAGAACAAACCAGAAGCUUCAUGCUUAACCUUUGUUGGUGAUGUUCAAGAAAUAGUUGCUGAUAGGCUAGAAUCCUUCUCUAACAUUGCUGGUGAUGUUUCAGAGCACCAACUUGCAGAAAUAAAAGAGCCAUAUAGUUGUAACUCUGACACAAAUAUUGAAUCCGAAAAGGAAGAGUCUCAGAAAGCUUCAGAUCUAGAGGGUAAUGUCUCCCAACCUUUUAAAACAAAUGAAUUGAGUUUAGAAACCCUUGCCUUUGACCAAUCUAAUUUUGACCUUUUAGAAAAUCUAGAUAUUCAGAGGGACAAUUCUUUGGACAUUUCUGUGAGAGGUGGCGUGGAAGAAGAAGUGCUACAAGAAAAAGAUGAAUCAUUGUCUGAAAAAGAAAAGCUUGUCACUGCCGAAAUUGAAAAAGAAGAAGAGUCUGAUGAAGAGAAAAAAGAAAUUUCUCCCACACCUCUUGAGCAAGCUAUUAUUGAAGAUGUUAAAGAUGAACGCUUCGCACCAGUGAUUAAACAGGCCCUCCUGUCCAUUGCAACUAAAGAUGGUGGCCAGGCCCGCUUUGAAGCAGUGAUAGAAGGCCUGCCUACCCCCAUUAUCUCAUGGUACAAGGAUGAGGAUAUCAUCCAGCCAUCUGAAGAGUUUGAGAUUGCAUACAGUGAGAACAUUGCUUCCUUGUUUAUAAUGGAUGUGUUGCCUGAGGAUGCUGGGAAAUAUGUAAUAGUGGCAAAGAAUGAGUUGGGCACAGCAACAACUACAGCUAACUUGGAAGUUGAAGCUGCUGAAGUGAGUGAUGUUUCUCCAGAAGACACAUCGGUUCUUGCUCCAGUGUUCACCAUCAAACCAAUGUUUCAGUUAGUUGAUGAGGCAGAAACUGCAACAUUUACUGCCACAAUUCAAGCAGUACCUCAACCAGAGAUUUUAUGGAGCAAGGACACAAGUCCUUUACCAGAGAAUGAGAGAUUCCAAACUUCAAUCAUUCAAGAUGAGGAUACAUACCAAACCACCCUAACCAUAAGUGAGGUACAGAAGGAAGAUGCUGGCACCUAUAAAGUCACUGCUGUAAAUGACCUGGGGGAGGAGAGUGUCAGAGUGUCCCUUAUAGUUAAUAAAAUCCAAGAUGAGAAAAAAGAUUUUCGGGAUCAUUUGACUGCAACUUUUGAGAUCCCUGAAAAACCAUCAGAACCAAGAGAAGCUGAUCAAGUAGAUUUCAGAGGUGUGCUGCAGUCUGAAGUGAAAACCAAAGUUGGUGUCCAUUUUGAAACAGAGCAACUUGACUUCCGCUAUCUACUCAAAUCAUCUAAAUCAAAAUUCAAGACAUCUGAUACAGUGGAAGCAGAGACAACUGUGACAGAGGAAACACCAGAAGUUGAGCAAAUAGAUUUUAGAAGUGUACUUAGACAGCCUUCUAUUCCCAAAGAGGAACCCAAGAAAGAGUCUCCAGAGUUUGUGAUGCCCAUUGAAGAUGUUCAUGUAAUGGAAGGUGAGCCAGCCAGGUUUGCAUGCAAAGUUACUGGUCAGCCUGUGCCGCUGGUCAUGUGGUAUCAUGACCAGCAGCCCAUCAAGUCAGACAGUGUGUACCAGAUACUGCCAGUGGAGGAAGGCCAGUAUACACUUCUUAUCUCUGAGGCUUUCCCAGAAGACUCUGGUGUGUACACAGUUAGGGCUUAUAAUGAAGUUUCAGUCAUAGAAUGUUCAGCUGUUCUCACUGUGCAAGAACUAGCAUCAGAGACCAGCUCCAUUUGCUCCACAGAAGAGAAACCUGCUUCUGAUGAUGUCAUUAAAUCUGAGGCUGCUAUUAAGAUUCAAGCUGCUUUCAGAGGCUUUAAAGCUAGAGAAGAGGUCAAACAUCUGAAGGAGACAAAAGUAACUUCUGAGUUCACCAUAGAGACUGAAUUUACCCUGGAAGAAAAAGAGAAACAAGAGCCAGUCAGGGAAGAAAUUUCAGUCGAUGUUACAUUUGCUCCAAAGUUCUUAAGUGAGCUCUCAGACCAAGAAGUUAUGGAAGGUGACACUGUGACAUUGCAAAUCUUUGCAGAAGGUGCACCAAAGCCAGAAAUAAAAUGGUUCCGUGAUGAUGUUGAAAUUAUUAGAGAUGACCGCCAUGAUAUCACAGAAGUGGACACCAGCUACUCUCUAACUAUAAAAGAUAUCAAUCUUGAAGAGGAUGCAGAGUACACUGUUACAGCAAGUAACUCUGCUGGAAGUGAUUCCACCUCUGCAGAAAUAUUUGUCAACCCUGCAGGGGAAGCUCCAACAUUUGUGACCACAUUCACUGACAUCACCGUGGACUUUAAAGAUGUUGUUGUCCUGGAAGCCACAAUCAAAGGAGAACCAAAACCUGAUGUUGUCUGGCUGUUUCAAGAUGAGAAGAUCAUUGAUGACCGAUACAGGAUUGAACAUGUCAACAAUAUUGUAAGACUCACCAUUGAGGAGACAGGACCUGAGGAUGUUGGAAAGUUUACUGUGACUCUCAGCAACAAAUAUGGCACAACAUCUUGCUCUGCCAUAGUGAAUUUGACCUUACAGGCACCACAGUUCACCAAACCUCUGUCUGACACACCUACCAGGCUCGGAGUUAAUGCUGAGUUUGUCUGCCAGGUAAAUGGUAUUCCCAGGCCUGAAGUUCAGUGGCUGGGUGACCAUGUGCCACUCACUGAUGAAGCCAAAUAUCAGGUGUUAUACAAAGACAAUGCAGCCUCUCUGAGAAUCCUGAGUGUGACCAAGGUUGACACCACUGUUACAUACACUUGCAGAGCAACUAAUAUUGCAGGGGAGGCAACCACCAGAGCCAAGUUACUUCCACAAGUUCCUGCUCGCAUCAUCACCAAACCGCAACCAGUGUCUGUACUUGAAGGGGAGACCAUAGAAGUGGUAGUCACUUUUGAGGGAAUACCUGAGCCUAGGCCAGAAUGGUCAGUCAACGGCCAGAUCUUGUCCUCAGAUGACCGCCAAAUGGUCAGCAGCACAUCAGAAACUGUGACCCUAACCAUCCCCAAGUCUCAAGUCUCCGAUAGUUGUGUGUUCACUCUGACCGUAGCUAACGACUUAGGCAUGGACACUUGCGAUGUUGAAGUGACUGUCAAUAAACCUGAAGAGAAAGCACACGAGGACGUUAUCGAAGAAGUAAAACCUGAAGGGAAAGCACCGGAAUUUGUGAUCAAGCCAAAGUCGCAGACGGUACCUCUUGGAGAUAUAGCAAGCUUUUCCUGUCAAGUCACUGGCAUACCAAUCCCAGAGCUGACAUGGAUUUACAAUAAUGUUGUUUUGGAGGAUGAAGGCAGAUUUAUGAUCUUUGAGGAAGAUGGAAUCCAUCAUUUAGAAAUUGACGAGGUUGUCCCUGAAGAUGUUGGGCAGUACACAGCCAUUGCUGAAAAUGAAUAUGGCAAGGUUUCUUGCUCAACAGAACUUUUUAUUAAAGCUAUCCCAUCUGAAGAAAAACCAGAAGUUGAGGCUCCAAAAAUUAUUGUUCCCAUCAAAACUAUUGAAGCUGUUGUUGGGGAUAAGGCCACUUUUUCUUGCAAAGCUGUUGGCAAACCAACUCCAGAGCUCAGCUGGUUCAAAGAUGACAAGCCCAUAAUUUCAAAUGCACAUUACAAGAUUGUUCCUAUCGGUGAAGGUGAAAGUUCACUAAUCAUUGACAGUCUCAUCCCAGAAGAUGAUGGACUGUACACUUGUAAAGCCACCAAUGAAGCUGGCACAGAUACCUGUAACGCAGAUCUGUUUGUUGAUGAAGAGCCAAAGGAAAAAUUCUCUGCUCCAGAAUUUAUCAAAGUGCCAGAAAAGGUUACUGCUAGGGAGCAUGAUAAUGCCAAAUUCUUGGUGAAAGUUAUUGGACAACCCAAGCCUGAUGUGACAUGGAUGAAAAAUAAGGAGCUUCUGGAUGACACAGAAUUGUAUCACUUUGAGAAUUACGAGGAUACAUACUGUUUUGAAAUAAAGGACACAGAAAAAGAAGAUGCAGGAGUCUAUCUGUGUACUGCAGAGAACACAGAAGGAAGAGCUUCUGUAGAGAUUCCUCUUGUCGUUAAAGAAAUCCCAAGAGAAGAAAGAUUAUCUGAGUCCCCACUUGUGUUGAAAACAGCUGAAGAAACCAGAGCACCAAAGUUCAUUGAAGUCUUUGAUGACAUUACUGUGAUGGAACAAAAUUCACUUGUACUGAAUGCAGUUGUUGAUGGUCUGCCUCGACCUGAAGUUGUCUGGUACAAGGAUGGCAAAGAAGUUGCAAAAACUCCCAAUGUUCUUAUGGUCUAUGAAGACAAAGCUGUGAAACUGAAAAUCUCAUCAGUAAAAAUGGAUGUGGAGGGAACUUACAAAUGUGUUGCAACUAACUCGGCAGGCUCUGUAGAAUGCAUUGCCAGGGUGACUGUUGAAGGAAAAUCAGAAGCCCCUGUGUUUACCAGACCACUCAGCAACAGAGAAUGUAGAGAGGGUAAACCUGUCAAGUUUGAGUGUGCAGUAACAGGCCUGCCCCAGCCUACUAUUUCAUGGUUCCUGAACGAGUCCCCAAUUGAAUCAGGUGUCCACUUUACACUAGAUCAACGUAAAAAUUUAGUUGAUGUGACACACAGCCUAAGCAUAGACUCAGCACAAGUGGAGGAUGCUGGUACAGUCAAAGCUGUAGCUGUAAACAAAGCUGGAGAAGUGUCUUGUGAAGCAACACUCACUAUUGAUGAGAAAAAAGAGGCACCUAAAUUUAUCAAGAAACUGGAAACUGUCGAAGUGGUGGAGUUCAGCCCUGCCAAGUUUGAAGUCAUUGUUAGUGGCAAACCCAAACCUCAUGUCACUUGGCUACAAGGCGAUGAAAUCCUGGAAGACUCUGAAGACAUUAAGAUAGAGGUCAAUGACCAAACACACACUCUGACAUUCACUAAAACAAACUUGGAUGAUGCCAGUGUGAUCACAGCUAGAGCUAACAACCCUGCUGGUCAGAUAUCCUGCAAUGCGAGACUCAAAAUUAUUCCUGCCAAGAAGCCAACUUUUGUCAGAAAGCUCUCAGAUGCUCUGGUUCCUGAAAAUGGCACUGUCAAAUUUGAUUGCAAGGCUUCUGGAGUUCCUAUGCCUGAGAUCAAAUGGUAUAUUAAUGACAAAGAAUUGGAACCAAGUGACAAGGUCAAGAUGGAUGUCAACCCUAGAGAUGGCACUUACACACUUACACUUAUUGAUGCCACUGCUAAUUUGGCAGGAGAGGUUAAAGCUGUAGCAGUCAACAAUGGAGGAGAAGUUCUGUGUACUGCUAAACUUGAGGUCAGAGGCAGGGCACCAGUCUUCAUUGAGGCUCCUCUCAAAUGUACACUUCUAGAAGGUCAGACAGCAGAGUUCCGCUGUAUUGUGGAUGGUGAGCCUAAACCCAAAGUAGAAUGGUCAAAAGGCAAGUGGAUGAAGAUUCAGCAUGGUGGCCGCUAUGUCAUUAGUGUUGAUGAAAGUACAGGAGAGCAGGUUCUGCAAAUGCAAGAAGUGAAAAACAAAGAUGCUGGCACCUAUACAGUUACUGCCACCAAUGAGCACGGUUCAGCGCAGGCACCGGCCACUCUUAUAGUCACUGACAAAGAAGAGGAAGUAGCAGACUGGAAGUCACAACUAAAGCACAGAGAGGUUACACGUGUGGCUCAAGCUGAAGAAUCACCUUGGCAAGUGGAUCUCAAACAUGUUGAGUCUGAAGAACAGAAAUCUCCAUCACCUGAAGUUAAAUCAAAGCCUCCAAGUCCUGAAAUUGAACGUUUGGAGUACCAUCCUAUAGCUAAGCGUGAAAGACCUGAGUUGGAGGAGUCUGAACCAGUGAUAUUUGAAAUGGCUCCCAGAGAAUGUGAAGAGUUGGAGCAGUUUGAAAGAAGAGCUGCACCAGUGGAAGCCAAGACACAGGAAGAUGAAGAGGCUAGCUUAGGCUACACUAGGGCUGUCAAACCCAAAGAAAUCCAAGAUUCUGAAGAAACUGCUUAUGUGAUACAGAAAGCCAAAUGGCAAUGGAUUGUUCCUCUACAAGACAUGGCUGUGAAAGAAAGAGAAGCUGCUAAAUUUGAGUGUGAGUUCUCAGUGCCCAAUGUGAAUGUAAUCUGGAAGAUUAAAGAUGUUAUUGUGGAGUCAAGCCCCAAAUAUGCCAUCCAGUCAGAUGUAAACAGACAUACACUUCUUAUUAGCAAGUGCAGACCAUCUGAUGCUGGCCCAGUAGCUUGUGCUUAUGGUGAUAUUAGCACAGAGGCUAGACUGUUAGUUCAACCGGUUCCAGCUGAUUUCACUUUGACCCUUAAGGACACCAAAGUCAAGGAGAACACAGACGCUGUCUUCUUUUGCACUACUAAUGAUGACGAGGCACCUGUUCAGUGGUUCUUCAAUGGCAAGCCUGUCACCCCAUCUGACAAAUUUGUUAUUGAGUCUGAUGGUGUGAAUCAUACACUCACUAUUCGAGAUUUGAAACCAGAAGAUGAGAAUGAAGUGACUGUGGUCAUUGGAGAUAAUUCAUCGUCUGCUAGGCUAACUGUGGAAGAAAUUGAAGCAGAUUUCCUGAUCCCAUUGAAAGACCAAACUGUCCCAGAGAAAUCUACUGUGGAGUUUGAGUGUACACUGACUUUGCCAACACGACCAAACAAUAUCCAGUGGUUUGUUGCAGGCAAGAAGGUUGAGCCAGACUCUCCUCGAUAUGAAACUGUGAUUGAUGGAAACAAACUUAAGCUGAUAAUCAACUCAACAGAGACAGUAGAUGCUGGAGAGGUGACUGUGACAAUAAAAGAUAAAGAGAGCACAGCUAAACUUACGGUUGAAGAAAUAGCUGCUGAUUUCCUGAUCCCAUUGAAAGACCAAACUGUCAAAGAAAAAUCUACAGUGGAGUUUGAGUGCACACUGACUGUACCCACGCGUCCAGAGAAUAUCCAGUGGUUUGUUGGAGGUCAGAAAGUUGGGCCAGACUCUCCUCGAUUUGAAACUGUCAUUGAUGGAAACAAACUUAAGUUAAUCAUCUACUCAGCAGAGAGCAUAGACUCUGGUGAGGUGACUGUGACAAUAAAAGAUAAAGAGAGCACAGCUAAACUUACGGUUGAAGAAAUAGCUGCUGAUUUCCUGAUCCCAUUGAAAGAUCAAACUGUCAAAGAAAAAUCUACAGUGGAGUUUGAGUGUACACUGACUAUACCCACACGUCCAGAGAAUAUCCAGUGGUUUGUUGCAGGCAAGAAGGUUGAGCCCGACUCUCCUCGAUUUGAAACUGUCAUUGAUGGAAACAAACUUAAGCUGAUAAUCAACUCAACAGAGACAGUAGAUGCUGGAGAGGUGACUGUGACAAUAAAAGAUAAAGAGAGCACAGCUAAACUUACGGUUGAAGAAAUAGCUGCUGAUUUCCUGAUCCCAUUGAAAGAUCAAACUGUCAAAGAAAAAUCUACAGUGGAGUUUGAGUGUACACUGACUGUACCCACACGUCCAGAGAAUAUCCAGUGGUUUGUUGGAGGCCAGAAAGUUGGGCCAGACUCUCCUCGAUUUGAAACUGUCAUUGAUGGAAACAAACUUAAGUUAAUCAUCUACUCAGCAGAGAGCAUAGACUCUGGUGAGGUAACUGUGAGGAUACAUGACAAAGAGAGCACAGCCAAGCUGACAGUUGAAGAAGUUGAAGUUGAGUUCACAAUACCUUUACAAGACCAGACAGUGUUAGAACAGUCUAAUGUUGAGUUCACCUGUGAACUGAAUUUAGACACAGAUGAUGUUGCUUGGUUCCUGGACAGUGACAAACUAUCCCCAUCACCUAAAGAUGGCAUUGACAUAAGAAAAGAUGGCCUGCAGCAUACUCUUAGCAUUGAGGAUGUAUCCCCUGAAGAUUCUGGCACUGUGAUAGUCAAGGCCAAAGGCAAAAUCUCUCAAGCCAAGCUCACUGUAGAGGAGUUGGGACCUGAUUUUGCUGUUCCUCUUCAAGAUGUUUCCGUCAUUGAAAGAGCAACUGCUGAACUGGUCUGUCAACUCACAAAGGAGGUUAGCAAGUCCCAAGUUCAUUGGUUUGUUGAUGACAUUGAACUGCCUGAAGGUGACAGAAUAGAAUUUAUAAAGGAUGUCAAGGUACACAAGCUGAUCAUCUCUGACUGCUGCAUUGACGAUGAAGGUGUGGUUACUGUUCAGGUUGGCGAUAAGAAGUCAACAGCUUCACUCUUUGUACAAGAAUUACCACCUGAGUUUAUCAGACCACUCAAAGAUCAGCACAUCAAUGAAGGAGAGACAGCUACAUUUGACUGUGAGCUCAACAUAGAUGGAGCCACUGUGAAGUGGUUCCAUGAGGGCCGGGAGAUUAAUGAGGAUCAGAGAUACCAAGUCCUGGUGUCUGGCCGAGUGCACAAACUUGUGAUCAAGGAUGCCAUUCUGCCAGAUGCUGGCGAGAUAAUGGCUAAAGUGGAAAACAAAUCCACCCAUGCUGAUCUUACUGUCACAGAAGUACCAGUUGAUAUUACAGCUGAGCUCUCAGAGGUCAGAACUGAGGAGCACAAAAUGGCAGUCUUCUGCUGUGAGGUCAACAAGGAUGAUGUCUCUGUGGAGUGGCUGAAAGAUGGUGAAACCCUGACCCCAAGCAACAAGCACAUCAUUCAGACAGAAGGCAGAAGACACUCUCUAGUCAUCAAGGAUGUCGACCAGUCGGAUGUGGCUGAGUAUAGUGUAGUUGUUGGGGACAGGAAGAGCCAGGCCAAGCUUCACUUAGAUGAGGUUCCACUUAGGAUGACCUUGACUUUGAAGAAGGUAAUAGAUCAAAGAGAAGUCCUGGCCAAGUUCACAUGCAUGCUGUCCAAGACUGACCUGAGAGUGGCCUGGUUCAAGGAUGAGGACAAGAUCCUGGCCUCAGAGAAGCAUGAACUGGUCGAUGAAGGUCGCUUGCAUAAGCUAAUUGUGCAUGAACUGUGUGCUGAAGAUUAUGGUGACUACCUUGUGGUGAUUGGGUCCAGACGCAUGACUGGCCUCAGUCUGAGAGAAGAAGCUCCACUGGAGUUUACAGUUCCACUUAGUGAACAGACCUGUAAAGAAGGCGAGACUGUCACAUUCACCUGCGAGGUUUCAGAGGCAAAUCUGCCUGCCACCUGGUUGAAGGAUGGAAAGGAGCUUCUGCUCAAUGACUUGGUCAUCGCUUCUGUGGACAACAAGACCCACACCCUUACCUUGAAGGACACACCCCUGGAUGCUGCUGCAGAGUAUACAGUUAGAAUCAAAGACAAAGAAAGCUCUGCCAGACUCAAUGUCCAAGAAAUUGAAGCAGAUUUUACUGUCCAACUGGCUGACACUACUGCCCCAACCAAUGAGACAGCAACAUUCACCUGUGAAGUGUCUAGGGAUGAUGCUGAUGUGCAGUGGCUGACCAACAAUGAGACCAUUGAACCCAGUGAAAAAUUUGAGAUCUCACAGGAGGGCCGCAAACAUUCUCUCACUGUUCAUGACCUUCAACCCCAGGACAGCGGCGAUUACACAGCUAGAGUAGGUGGGCAUGAUACCACCGCUAGCCUGACAGUAACAGACACUCCUCUGGUCAUCACCAAGCCUCUGGAUGAAGCUGAUGUCACAGAAGGGGAAUCAGUCACCCUGACUUGCAAAGUGAACAAGCCAGAUGUUAGGGCUAGAUGGUUCAAGGAUGGUUCAGAGAUCCAGCCUUCAGAGAACUUGAUCCUCAAAGUAGAUGGUGAUACACACACCCUGACCAUACCCAGAGCUGAACUUGAGGAUGAAGCAGAGUACACCAUCAAGCUGGAAGACAAAAGCUCAACUGCCCUUUUACUUGUAGAAGAAGGGCCAUUGGCCAUCACCAGACCAAUUUCAGAUGCCGAGUGCUUGGAGGGUGAGACUGUCAGCUUUGUCUGUGAGGUGAACAAAGAAAAUCACCCAGCCAUGUGGCUGAAGGAUGGCAUGAUCAUCACUGAGGAGGAUGGCUAUGAGUUUAUCAUGGAUGGCAAAUGCCAUAUAUUAAAGAUACCAGAUGUCAACAUUGACCAUGAGGCUGAAUAUACAGUGAAGAUCAAUGGCUGUGAAUCCAAGGCCAAACUUCGGGUGGAAGAAAUUGCUGCAGACUUUACCGCCACCUUGAAGGAUGUAGAGGGACAAGAAGGUCAAGACGUGGAGCUUGAGUGCAUUCUGAGUAAACCAGGAGUCAAGGUUAGGUGGCUGAAAAACCGCAAGCCAUUGACACCAAGUGACCGCAUCAAGAUAGUAUGUGAUCGCUACCGCCACAUUCUCAGAAUCAUGGAUACCAUACCUGAAGAUGAGGGCGAAUACACAGCUGUGCUUCCUAAUGACAAGGAAUCAUCAGCCAAAUUAAAGAUUUAUGAAAUUCCACCUAUUUUCACCAUGCCACUAGAUGACCAAGAAGUACCAGAGAAAGAAAUGGUCAUAUUUGAAUGCCAAGUAUCAAAGAAAAACAGGCCUGUCAAGUGGUUCAAGGAUGGCAAGGAGCUAACUCUGGAUGAUCGAAUACAGGCUAUUACUGAUGGUUACAUACAGCAGCUAGUCAUUGAAGAUGCCAGGCUAGAGGAUGCUGGAACAUACACAUGUGCCAUGGGAGAUGAGAAGACUACUGCAGAACUGAAAGUUGAAGAGUUGCCUCUGGAGAUCCUGAAGCCUCUACGCAAUGCAACAGUAUCUGAAGGAGAGAAGCUAAUCCUAGAGGUGGAACUGUCCAAACCCAAUUACCCUGUGACCUGGAAGAAGGAUGGAGAAGUCUUUGUGCCCAGGGAAAACACAAGGCUGAUUGUGGAUGGCUGCCUGCAUCGCUUAGAGAUAGAUAAUGCUGAUGUAGAUGAUGAGGCCAAUUACUCCCUUCAUGCAGCAGACAAGAGCUGCAAAGCUUUGAUUCUUGUGGAAGAAACACCUACUGAUAUUGUCAAACAUUUGGAAGACCAGAAUAUCAAGGAGAAGCAACCUUUCACUUUCACAUGUGAACUCUCUAAGCCAGGAGUUAAAGUUAGCUGGCUCAAAGAUGGCCUGAAAGUUUCACCUGAGGAUGGAUUCAAAGUGACAGUGGAGGGCAAAGUUCACACUCUGUCUAAAGAUUCUGCCACUUUGGAGGAUGCUGGGAAAUACAUGCUGUUGUUUGAAGAUAAAAAGUCUUCUGCUAAUCUUGGAGUUGAAGCUCUGCCAACUGAGAUUGUUCGUCCACUUGCCAAUGUGACAGUAAUUGAGAAUCAGAGUCUAGUCCUUGAAUGUGAGGUCAGCCAACCACAGAAACAAGCCCGCUGGUUCCUGGAUGGCGAGGAAGUUACAGCUUCGGCUCGUUUCAGGUUGACAUCAGAAGGCACUGUGCAUCGCCUCAGAGUAGACUCAGUGGAACUGGAUGAUGAGGGCUUGUACAAAGUAGACAUUGAUGGUGCAGUCAGUGAAGCCACCGUCUUUGUUGAAGAACUACCAGUGGAGUUUACUAAACCUCUUCAAGACAUUGAAAACAUUGAGCAUCAACCUCUGGUUCUGACAUGUGAGGUCAACAAGGCAGACCUAAAGGCUACCUGGCUGAAAGAUGGUGCUCCACUGAAACCCUUUGAGGGCAUGGAGAUUCUGAGCAGUGGAAUGACACAUACAGUGAAACUAGAUAAGUCUGAGUUGGAAGAUGAAGGAGUCUACACAUGUAUUGUUAAAGAGAGGAAGACCUCCUCCAGGGUGACUGUCAAAGAAGAGCCUUUGAAAAUCACUAAACCACUCGCUAGUAUUGAAGUGACAGAAGGUCAAAGCAUCUUCCUGGAGUGCACAGUAUCUAAACCCGAUCGUCCAGCAGUUUGGUAUAAAAAUGAUGUCAAGUUGUCUACUACUGAAACCAUCAAACUUUCUUCAGUCAAGGAGAAACACAGUCUGAGCAUUGCUAGGGCUGAGCUUACAGAUCAGGCAGUGUACAGCAUUAAGGUAGAUGGCCAGACAUCUCAAGCUGAAGUUCAAGUCAUUGAAACAGAGCUGGAGUUCAUCAGGCCUCUGGAAAGCUUUACCAUCACUGAGAUACCCAGAACCAUAACCUUUGAGUGUGAGGUGUCAAAGGUGAAUGUGCCAGCCAAUUGGUACCACAAUGGUCAGCUUCUAUCUCCAAGUGAUAAGCUAGAGUUCUUUGGCAAAGGCGUCAUUCAUCGUCUAACUAUUAAUGAAGCUGAUGGUAAAGAUGAAGGAGAGUACCUGAUACAAGUGAAAGACAAAAAGUCUGUGGCAAAGUUAUCUGUUGAAGUGCCACCAAAGAUAUUUGUGGACAAGAAAUACCAAGAGACUGUUGUGCUUUACUCUGGUCAGUCCACUGCCUUUGAAAUUCCAUUCACUGGAAACCCUCAGCCCAAGGUCACUUGGACAUUUAAGAAUGGUCCACUCCCAGAUGCCAAGCGCAUGGAAGCUGAGACCAUUUACAAUAUGACUACCAUUCGCUUGGGUCAUGUGAUUAGACAAGACAGCGGUGAUUACACUGUCAAGCUGGAGAACACUAACGGCAUAGCUGAGAUUACUAUCAAACUACUUGUGCUUGAUAAACCCUCUGAGCCAAGAGAUUUGAGAGUGACCAACAUCACAGCUCAGACAGCCACCUUGACCUGGACAGAGCCAGAGGAUGAUGGAGGAAAACCAAUUACUAGCUACAUACUGGAAAAACGAGAUGCCAGUCGCCAGACCUGGACUGGGCUAGCAGAUGUAGCAGACGCUACACCUUUUGACAUCAAAGGCCUUGUGGAAGGCAAACAGUACAUCUUUAGAGUUGCAGCCAGAAAUGAUGUGGGCACUGGCAAAUUUGCAGAAUCUGAUACUAUCACUGCAAAGAAUCCAUUUGAUGUGCCUGAUGCUCCUGAGGCUCCUGUGGUCAAGGAAGUUUUCAAGGACAAUGUCUUCCUCACUUGGCAGCCCCCUGCCAAUGAUGGAGGUGCUCCUGUGACUGGCUACACUGUGGAGAGGCAGUCCAAUAUCACCCCCAGGUGGAUAGCUGUCAACAAAGAACCAGUGUCAAGUACUGAGCUGAGAGUGCCAGACCUUGUGGAGGACAACACUUAUCAGUUCCGGGUGACUGCCAUCAAUCAAGCUGGGCCCAGCAAACCAAGUGAACCAUCACCCACCAUCAAAGCUAAAGACCCUUGGAGUAUACCAGGUCGUCCAGGUGUGCCAGAGGUCACUGGAACAGACAAAAGCUCUGUGGCUCUAAAAUGGACUGCUCCUGAAAGUGAUGGAGGAGCUCCCAUCUUCAACUAUGUAGUUGAGUACAGACCAGUGAGUACAACUCAGUGGAUCCAUGCCAACGAGACCCUCACUGUCCCUGACACUACAUUCAGCGUCACAGGUCUGAAAGAGAAUAAAGAGUAUGAGUUCCGAGUGAGUGCUGAGAAUAAAGCUGGAGUGGGCGAAGCAUCCAAAGCUACUCGACCAGUCAAAGUGGUCAAAUCCAUUGUGGGUGUCGCCCCUAUUUUGUUGGAGCCUUUACAAGAUAUUGCUGUAGUAGCACCAAAUGAUGCCAUCUUGGAAUGUGAUCUGGAUGUUGGUGAACCAGAAGCUGAGAUCAAAUGGUUCCGUGGCAAGAAAGAGGUUAGAAAGAGUGCUAAGUAUGAAAUGAGCUAUGAAGAUGAGGUUGCCUCAUUGGUCAUUCAUAAAACAGAGCCACAGGAUGCUGAUGUGUACAGAUGUGAGGCUUCAAACCCUCUGGGCAAAGUACAGACAGAGGGCACCCUUUCUAUUCACACCAUGCCUGUGCUAGAGUAUGACAACCGCUUCAAGAGUGCCCAAACUGUCAAAGCUGGAUCCACCAUUGUCCUGAAGGUCAACGCCAGUGGUAUUCCAUCUCCUUCCAUUUCGUGGCUGCUUGAUGGGGAAGUCUUGGAAAGGUCUGAUCGUGUGUCUGUGGAGACAAACCCUGACUACAGCACUCUGACCAUCAAGAAUGCAGCCAUUGAAGACUCUGGCAUCUAUACCAUCAUAGCUGAGAAUGUGGUUGGCAAGGCAGUGGCAGACUUUGAAGUCAACAUCAAAGACAAGCCUGGAAAACCUGAAAAUCUUCGUGUGCUGGAGAUUUUAAAAGACAGUAUCGCCAUAGGAUGGGAGGCACCCAGUAACCUUGGAGGGUGUCCACUGAAAGGUUUUGUCAUUGAGAAACGUGAAUCUAACAGAAACACUUGGGCAACAGUCCAGACAGUAGAUGUGACUACCAACACUCUGUCAGUACAGAAACUUUUGGAAGGUAAAGAAUAUUACUUCCGUGUGGCUGCAGAAAAUGAAAUAGGUGUUGGUGAAGCCACUGAACUCAUAGAUGGCAUUGUGGCGAAAAGUCCAUUUGAUGCACCAGAUGCUCCCAAGAAACUGACUGCCACAGAAAUCACUGCAGCUUACAUUACACUCACCUGGGAGCCUCCUGAAAGUGAUGGUGGUGCUGCCAUCACUGGAUAUGCCUUGGAGCGCAAGUCACCUUCCACCAGUCGUUGGGUCAGGGUCAACAAGAGCCCCAUCCGUGACACUGUCUUCACUGUUAAUGAAUUGACUGAUGGUUCAGAAUAUGAAUUCCGAGUCUUGGCAGAAAACCCAGCAGGUUUCAGUAAACCAUCAGCUUCUACUGGCAUUUUGACUGCCAGAGAUCCAUUCAAAAAACCUGAAGCCCCUAAGCAACCUGAAGCAGUGGACACAACACGCUCCACUGUCACCUUGAAAUGGUUGCCACCUCAGAAAGAUGGAGGAAGUCCAAUUUUCAACUACAUUGUGGAAUACCGCUCAGUCGGGUCAACCAAAUGGCUUGUGGCGAAUGCCAAUGUCAAGGUUCCUGAUACCAGCUAUGUGGUCAAAGACCUGGUGGAAGGUACACAGUAUGAAUUUAGGGUGGCCGCUGAAAACAAGGCCGGUGUUGGCCCCAUGUCACCUCCCUCUGUACCAAUCACAGCACAAGAACCCAGUGUUUCAGUUGAGCCAGUUGGUGAAGCUCCAACAGUCUUAGAAGGAUUGCCUGAUGUGGCUGUAACAGAAGGAGAUACAGCUAUUCUGGGCUGCAAGAUCAGUGGACAACCAAUGCCUUCUAUUAAAUGGCUGAAAGAUCAUAGAGAAGUGAUUGCUGAUAAACGCCAUGAGAUGAUUUAUGAGGACUUUGUAGCUUCACUAGUAGUCAAAGAUGUCCAGGAGAAGGAUGCUGGAAGCUACACAUGUGAGGCUAGCAAUGAUUUAGGUAGUGUGAACACAUCUGGACUCUUGGAAAUUCAGGCUGCUCCUACUCUAGAUUUCGACAAUAAGUUCAGAGAUCUCAUCACUUUACAUGCUGGAGCUGUUCUGAAGAUACCAGUUCGAGUUGGUGGCAUUCCUCUACCCAGAGUUACUUGGCUCCGCGAGGGUCAGACACUUCGCACUGGUGGUAGAAUCACAGUAGAUAUCCAAGAAGAAAGCACCACAUUGACUAUCAAGAAAGUCACUAAAGAAGAUGAUGGUCUUUACAGUUUGGUAGCAGAGAAUGAAGUAGGGGAAGCCACUGCCAAGUUUGAUGUGGAAAUUUUGGACGUGCCAAGCCCACCCCAGGGACCUAUUCUUAUAUCUGAGUUGACCAAGGAUAGCUGCAUGUUGACCUGGAAGCCACCAAAAGAUGAUGGUGGCUGUGACCUCACAGCUUACAUCGUUGAGCGCAGAGAUGCCAAGAAAACAAUGUGGACCAAGCUGGCCACCCUAGAUGGGGUUACCCUGGACUACCAGGCUACCUCCCUGGUAGAGAGUAAUUCUUAUCACUUCAGGGUUAUUGCAGAGAAUGAGGUUGGCCAGUCAGAGCCCUUGGAGACCAGUACCCCUGUUGUGCCAAAGAGUCAGUUUGGGAAACCAUCUGCUCCUCAAGGACCAAUAGAGUUCACAGAUAUCAAAGCUGAUAGCACAAUUUUGACCUGGAAACCUCCAAGCUCUGACGGUGGAGCCCCAAUUAAAAGCUAUGUCAUUGAAAGGAGGGAUGCCAGAAAAACAACUUGGACCAAGAUAGCUAGCACAGACUCCAAGACUUUGUCCUGCACAGCUCAGAAAUUGAUUGAGGACACCCCUUACAUCUUCCGUGUGUUUGCUGUGAAUGAUGAAGGUCAAAGUGAACCAUUAGAAGCUGACAAAGAACUGAUACCCAAGACACCAGCUGCUGUUCCUAGUAAACCCAUUGGCCCGAUCAAGUUUUCUGACAUCCUAGCAGACUCUGUGACGCUUUCUUGGUCUCCACCCAAAAAAGAUGGUGGAGCUAAAGUGACUUCCUAUGAUGUGGAGUGCUCUGCCGAUGGAGGUCAGACCUGGACACCCAUUGAGACUGUGGAUGCUAAGAGCACCACCUGCAAGGCCAAAGAACUGAAGGAAGGGCAGAAAUAUAUGUUCAGGGUGGCUGCUGUCAACAGUGUGGGCAGGGGAGAGCCAUUGGACUCUGAGAUUGUCACACCACAGAGAAAGAUCACUAAACCAUCUAAACCUACUGGACCACUAGAGAUAUCCAAUGUACAAAAGGACUCUGCAGUGCUAGCAUGGAAGCCACCAAUAAGUGAUGGAGGAUCUCCCCUCACAGGCUAUGUUAUCAUGAAGCGUGACUCCAAGCGUUCCAACUGGGCCCCUGCUGGCAAGGUUGAUGGCACCACCACUGAAUUCAAGGUCUUGGACCUGAUUGAGGGCACAGAGUACUUCUUCAAAGUAGUGGCAGAGAACAAAGCAGGCCAAAGUGAAGGACUUGAAACUGAAAAGCCAGCGCAAGCAAAGAGUCCUUUCAACAAACCAUCCCAGCCUGUAGGACCACUGGAAAUAACAAAUGUAACAGAAAAUUCAGCUGACCUUUCCUGGAAGCCCCCUCAAAGUGAUGGAGGCACUCCAUUGACAUCUUACAUUAUUGAGUCCAGGCCUGCAACCCGCUCAACAUGGAUUCAGGCAGGCAAAGUCAAAGGGGAUCUGACCACCUUCACUGUUCCUGACCUUCGUCUAGAUACUGAGUAUCUAUUCAGAGUAAUUGCUGUCAAUGCUGAAGGUCAGAGUACCCCACUGGAAGGCAAGGAGCCUGCCAAGCCUACAAAGAAGAUAAGCCCACCAGGACCUCCCCAGAAUGUACGUGCUGGCAGAGUAGGAGUGGAUUACGUCACACUGGAAUGGAAACCACCUUCUGAUGAUGGAGGCUCCAAAGUGACCAGCUACAUUGUGGAGAAAGCUGAGGAGAUUUCUGGGGACUGGAUCAAAGUGGCUGAGGUAAAGGCCUAUGACACAACCUACAAAGUGGAACAUUUGAAAGAGAAUGUGGGCUAUUACUUUGCUGUCUCUGCCAAAAAUGAAGCAGGACAAGGUGAACCCUGUGAAACUGAUGCACUGAUCAAACCCAAGAAGCCAGAGGGACCACCAGAUACACCUGUGGGUCCAAUUGAAAUCUCCAACCUUGACAAAACUGUGGUGACACUAACCUGGAAAGCACCAAAGUCAGACGGAGGCUCAGCUCUCACAGGAUAUGUCAUUGAGAGACGUGAGGCUGCACGCACCCAGUGGACCAAAUUGGACUCCUGCCCACCCACUGAAACAUCAAUCACCACAAGAAAUCUGAUAGAAGGAAAUGAAUACUAUUUCCGUGUCUGUGCUGAGAACAAACAUGGCCGUAGUGAUUGGUUGGAAACUGACAACUCUAUUAAGAUGAGAAGUCCAUAUGAAAAGCCAGCAAGACCUUUGGGUCCACUUUUACUGAAUGAUUUGACUGACAAGACUGUCACUUUGGCAUGGCAACCUCCUGAAAGUGAUGGGGGCACCCCGCUGACAGCUUAUAUCAUUGAGUCACGCCCAUCUGCCAUUUCCUCCUGGACAGCCAUAGGGAAAGUCAAAGGUGACACCUUGACAUACAUUGCUGAAGAUCUCCGGGAAGGAACUGAGUAUCAUUUCAGAGUCAGUGCUGUCAAUAUUGAAGGUCAAGGCCCAUCACUUGAAGGCAAAGAAACCGUUAAACCAGUGAAAAAGAUUGAAAAACCUGGACCCCCAGCUAAUCUGAAAGCCUCCAAAGUGGGACCUGACUAUGUUACACUAGAGUGGAAGCCUCCAACUGAAGAUGGUGGCUCCAAGAUUACAGGAUAUAAAAUUGAGAAGUGUGAAGAGGAUGCAGACAACUGGGUCAAGGUGGCAGAUGUCUUGGGGUAUGACACCAGCUACAAGGUGUCAGGCCUGAAAGAUGACAAAGCCUACUUGUUUGCUGUGACAGCCAAGAAUGAGGUUGGCUUUGGCGAACCUGUAGAAACUGAAAAGGGAAUCAAACCAAAGAGAGCUGAAGGUAAACCUAGUACACCAGUAGGCCCUCUGAAAGUGAAAGAUAUUGAAAAGACUUCUGUGACUCUUACUUGGCAGCCACCUACUGAUGAUGGUGGUUCUGCCUUGACUGGUUACAUUGUUGAGAAAAAAGAUGCAACUAGACCCACAUGGACCAAAGUGGAGAAAGUCAGCCCAGACAAGACCAUCAUCUCAGUACAAAACUUGAUGGAAGGAUCUGACUACCUAUUCCGGGUGUCUGCAGAAAAUAAACAUGGUGUCAGUGAGCCACUGACCACAGAGACAUCCAUCAAGCCAAAAAGCAAAUUUGAUGUUCCAAGCAAGCCUUUGGGGCCAAUUGAUUUCUCUGACUUGAAUGAAACUUCUGUGACCUUGUCCUGGAAACCGCCCAGCAGUGAUGGUGGCCAGCCUGUUAAAAACUACAACAUUGAGUACAGAGAUGUGCGCAGGAGCACGUGGACAAAAGCUGGCUCUGUGCCAGGGGAGGUCACCACAUUUAGGAUGGAGAAGUUGAUGGAAGGAAAUGAAUACAUCUUUAGAGUAACUGCAGUCAAUAGUGAAGGAGAGAGUCAGCCACUAGAAUCACUGGACACUGUCAAGCCAGAGAAACAAGCAGUCAAACCUGGAGUUCCCACCAAUCUCAAAGUCAAGGAAACUGGCAAAGACUUUGUGAAGGUUGAGUGGAGCCCACCCAAAUCUGAUGGAGGCUCUAAGAUCACUGGUUAUCACCUCUUAUUGCGUGAAGAAACAUCCGAUGACUGGAAAGAUGCUGGUAAAGUUGGAAGUGUUGAGUCUUCCUACACUUUCAAGGAUCUGAGCGACAAGAAGAAGUACUUGUUUGCUGUGGUGGCUGAGAAUAAAAUUGGUCAAGGUGAUAGGAUAGAAACUGAUAGCCCUGUCAAGCCAAAGAAACCAGCCACUAAACCUUCUCGCCCUGUUGGACCUAUAAAACUGACUGAUUUGACCCGCUCUUCUGUGACCUUGACCUGGAAGCCUUCAGAGGAAGACGGAGGCUCUGAAAUUACUGGCUAUGUUUUGGAGUAUAGAGAAGGCUUUAAGAUGACCUGGACACCAGUCAAGGUGGUUGCUCCAGAUAUCACCAGCUACACAGCACAGAAUCUGAAGGAAGGUCAAGAGUAUGUCUUUAGAGUCAUGGCUGAGAACUCUGUUGGUAGAUCAGAUGCUCUUGAAUCUGACAAAGUAACUCCUAAACAUCCAUUUGACAAACCAAGUAAGCCAGAAGGACCUAUUAGCUUCUCAGCCAUAGAUGUAGACUCUGUCAUCUUGACCUGGAAACCACCAACCAGUGAUGGGGGCAAGCCAGUCAAGAACUACAUCAUUGAAUAUAAAGACCUGCGUCGUACCACCUGGAUCAAAUCUGGCUCUGUUCCUGGAGAUGUGCUGACCUACAAAGCUGAAAAACUAAAUGAAGGCAAUGACUACAAGUUCAGAGUCAUUGCUGUCAAUGAUGAAGGAGAGAGUCAGCCUCUUGAAUCUACGGAUUCCAUCAAACCUGUCAAACCUGCUGGUAAACCUGGUGCACCAAAAACCAUCACAGUGAAAGAAUCAGGUAAAGACUUUGUGUCAGUUGAGUGGAGCCCACCCAAGUCAGAUGGAGGUUCUAAGUUGACUGGAUAUCGUCUGCUACUCAGAGAAGAUGGUACUGAGGAGUGGAAAGAGGUGGGCAAAGCUGGUGGAAUGGACUCAAACUACACCUUUAAGAACCUGAAUGACAAGAAGAAUUAUUUCUUUGCUGUGGUGGCUGAAAACAAAUUGGGUCAAAGUGACAGAAUGGAGACUGAGAGAUCAGUCAAACCCAAGAAACCAGCAACUAAACCUUCUUGCCCCAUCGGACCUAUUAAACUGACUGAUUUGACCCGCUCUUCUGUGACCUUGACCUGGAAGCCUUCAGAGGAAGACGGAGGCUCUGAAAUUACUGGCUAUGUUUUGGAGUAUAGAGAAGGCUUUAAGAUGACCUGGACACCAGUCAAGGUGGUUGCUCCAGAUAUCACCAGCUACACAGCACAGAAUCUGAAGGAAGGUCAAGAGUAUGUCUUUAGAGUCAUGGCUGAGAACUCUGUUGGUAGAUCAGAUGCUCUUGAAUCUGACAAAGUAACUCCUAAACAUCCAUUUGACAAACCAAGUAAGCCAGAAGGACCUAUUAGCUUCUCAGCCAUAGAUGCAGACUCUGUCGUCUUGACCUGGAAACCACCAACCAGUGAUGGGGGCAAGCCAGUCAAGAACUACAUCAUUGAAUAUAAAGACCUGCGUCGUACCACCUGGAUCAAAUCUGGCUCUGUUCCUGGAGAUGUGCUGACCUACAAAGCUGAAAAACUAAAUGAAGGCAAUGACUACAAGUUCAGAGUCAUUGCUGUCAAUGAUGAAGGAGAGAGUCAGCCUCUUGAAUCUACGGAUUCCAUCAAACCUGUCAAACCUGCUGGUAAACCUGGUGCACCAAAAACCAUCACAGUGAAAGAAUCAGGUAAAGACUUUGUGUCAGUUGAGUGGAGCCCACCCAAGUCAGAUGGAGGUUCUAAGUUGACUGGAUAUCGUCUGCUACUCAGAGAAGAUGGAACUGAGGAGUGGAAAGAGGUGGGCAAAGCUGGUGGAAUGGACUCAAACUACACCUUUAAGAACCUGAAUGAAAAGAAGAAUUAUUUCUUUGCUGUGGUGGCUGAAAACAAAUUGGGUCAAAGUGACAGAAUGGAGACUGAGAGAUCAGUCAAACCCAAGAAACCAGCAACUAAACCGUCUCGCCCUGUUGGACCUAUAAAACUGACUGAUUUGACCCGCUCUUCUGUGACCUUGACGUGGAAGCCUUCAGAGGAAGACGGAGGCUCUGAAAUUACUGGCUAUGUUUUGGAGUAUAGAGAAGGCUUUAAGAUGACCUGGACACCAGUCAAGGUGGUUGCUCCAGAUAUCACCAGCUACACAGCACAGAAUCUGAAGGAAGGUCAAGAGUAUGUCUUUAGAGUCAUGGCUGAGAACUCUGUUGGUAGAUCAGAUGCUCUUGAAUCUGACAAAGUAACUCCUAAACAUCCAUUUGACAAACCAAGUAAGCCAGAAGGACCUAUUAGCUUCUCAGCCAUAGAUGUAGACUCUGUCAUCUUGACCUGGAAACCACCAACCAGUGAUGGGGGCAAGCCAGUCAAGAACUACAUCAUUGAAUAUAAAGACCUGCGUCGUACCACCUGGAUCAAAUCUGGCUCUGUUCCUGGAGAUGUGCUGACCUACAAAGCUGAAAAACUAAAUGAAGGCAAUGACUACAAGUUCAGAGUCAUUGCUGUCAAUGAUGAAGGAGAGAGUCAGCCUCUUGAAUCUACGGAUUCCAUCAAACCUGUCAAACCUGCUGGCAUUCCUGCUGCCCCAACAAACUUAAAGAUCAAAGAAAUUGGCAAAGACUUUGUAACUGUUGAAUGGAGUCCACCUAAGUCAGAUGGAGGAUCCAAAAUAACUGGCUAUCACCUGCUCGUGUGUGAAGAUGGCACUGAUGAGUGGAAGGAAGGCGGUAAGGUUGGAGGACUUGAUUCAGCAUUUAUCUUCAAAAACCUGAGUGACAAGAAAAAAUAUUUCUUUGCUGUUGUUGCUGAGAACAAAGUAGGUCAAGGAGACAGACUUGAAACAGACAGUGCAGUGAAACCCAAAAAGCCAGCUACUCAACCCUCAGCUCCUGUUGGUCCAAUCAAGUUCACAGAGAUCACUCGCAGCAGUGUGACAUUCACAUGGAAGCCAUCAGAGGAAGAUGGAGGGGAUUUCAUCACUGGCUACGCUAUUGAGUACCGUGAAUCCUGGAAGACCUCCUGGACCCCUGUCAAGGUUGUGGCCCCUGAUAUUACCAGCUACUGUGUGCAGAACUUAAAAGAAGGUCAGGAGUAUGUCUUCCGGGUCAUGGCAGAGAAUGCUGUGGGCAGAUCCCAGCCCCUGGAGUCUGACUCUGUUACUCCUAAGCAUCCUUUUGGUCCACCUACUGCACCACAAGGACCUCUGGAGACCUCAGACCUAACCACCACCUCUGUGACUUUAUCAUGGAAACAGCCAAAGUCAGAUGGUGGGCAGCCACUCAGAGCCUACAUCAUUGAACGUAGAGAUGUGAAACACACCAGCUGGGUACCUGUGGAGAAAAUUUCACCAAAUCUGACCUCCUACACUGUACAGAACCUCACUAUUGGCCUGGAUUACUACUUCAGGGUCAUGGCUGAGAACAGUGAAGGUGUCAGCCCUCCACUAGAGACGUCAGCAACCAUAAAACUGACCAAGCCUACAAGUGCACCUGGAAUACCCAAGGGACCCAUUAGACUCUCUGACUUUACUGACACUUCUGUUACCAUCAACUGGCUGGCACCAGAGGAUGAUGGUGGAAGUGAGAUCACCAAGUAUGUCCUGCAGAUGCAUGUGUCCAGCAAGGAAUGGGUGGACCUGGCCAAAGUGGAAAGCUAUUCCACCAAGUACAAGGUCCAAGAUCUGAAAGAGAAAACAGAGUACACAUUCCGUGUUUCUGCAGUAAACAAAAUUGGUCAAGGAGAGUGGCUAGAGUCAGAUAAAGUUGUUCUAGAGAAACCACCAGAGAAACCUGGGCCACCAGAGCCCCCAUUGUCAAUGACAGAGUUUACCAAAACUACAAUCACCUUAACCUGGGGCCCAAGCCAGAAAGAUGGAGGCUCCCCAAUACUGCACUAUGUUUUGGAGAAGCGAGAAAGUUGGAAGACCACCUGGCAGCAUGUAUCCAAAGUGAAGCCCCCAGAGUCCAGUGGCCAGAAGUUCACCUAUUGCAUUCAGGGUCUGAAGGAAGACCAGGACUACAUGUUCAGGGUUUUUGCAGAGAAUUCUGUUGGUGCUUCCAGAGCCAUUGAGACUACAACACCAUGCAGGCCUAGAAGUCCAUUCCAUGUGCCAGAUGCUCCACAAGGGCCCAUUGUUAUUGAGGAUGUUGGGGUGACUGAUGUUACCAUUAGGUGGAAACCUCCUGUGAACACAGGUGGCCUUGACCUGACUUGCUACUACAUAGAACGCAGGGACACGAAAUAUACUGCCUGGAUCAAAGUAGACACUGUCAAAUCCAACAUGAACAGCUAUUGCAUUCAGAAUCUACUGGAAGGCAAUGAAUAUGUUUUCCGCAUAUUUGCUGAGAAUAUGGAAGGCAGAAGUGAACCUCUUGAAACAAAACAAGCCAUUAUCCCUGGCAGACCAGCAGUUGCCCCAUCAGCACCAACUGGACCAAUCAGAUUUGAGGACCUGACUGAGACCACAGUAACACUAGACUGGCUUAUGCCCAAAGAAGAUGGAGGCACUCCCGUUACUGGCCACACCAUCAGAAUGUCUGUGGAUGGUCAGGAAUUCAAAGAUAUUGGUAAAACUGAGGGAAAGACCACCAAGCUAAAGGUGAAGGACUUAAAGCUUGGCUCAAAGCUUAUCUUCCAUGUGAUAGCAGAGAACAAAGUAGGCAUGAGCAAGCCUUUAGAAUCUGAAACUUUGGUCCCACAGAAGAAAGCUUCUAAACCCUCUAAACCAGUUGGGCCCAUCAUUGUUCUAGAAGUGACCAAGAACUCAGUUACCAUCCAGUGGAAGCCACCAACAGAUGAUGGUGGUGCUCCUCUUAAGAAUUAUUUGCUAGAGAAGAGAGAUGCCACCCGCACCAGCUGGAGUCGUGUGGACAAAAUCUCCCCAGACAUCACUAGCUACUGUGUUCAGAACCUGAUUGAUGGCUCAGAACUGUAUUUCCGUGUUUUUGCUGAAAAUAAAGUAGGCAUGAGUGACCCACUGGAGAUGGAUAAACCUGUCAAAAUCAAGAGUCCAUUUGAUGUUCCAUCCUCCCCUGUUGGCCCUAUCACAGUCUCAGAUGUCACAGAUAGGACUGCCAAGGUUUCUUGGAAGCCCCCAGUGUCUGAUGGUGGACUGCCCAUCACUGCAUAUGUUGUACAGUUUAGGGAGACCAAACGCUCCACCUGGACCAAGUUCAAAGAGCUGAAUGCUGAGGAGACCUCUAUCACCCUCACUGGUCUUGCUCCUGACAAUGAGUAUGUGUGUGAAGUCAUAGCAGUCAACAAGGAAGGACAUAGCCAAGGACUAAUCAGCCCUCCAAUAAGACCCAAAAAGAUACUAGCUGUCCCAGGUGCACCACAGUCUCUCCAUGUCAGGAACAUUGGCAAAGACAAUUUGACCUUGGAGUGGAGUGCUCCUGAAAAUGAUGGUGGCUCACGCAUCAAGAAGUAUUCCGUUGAAAAGUGCAAGAAAGGCUCAGAGAAAUGGGAGAAGGUGUUAUCAGUUGAUGGUUACAAGAACUUCCAACUUAUUUCUGACCUGGAACCGGAAGUAGAAUGGCUGUUUGCUGUGUCUGCUGAAAAUGACAUUGGCUUUGGGGAUAGGGCAGUCACAUCCAAGCCUGUCAGACUAGACAAGCCAAUAAAUCCCCCAUCUGCACCUGAAGGUCCUCUGCUCUUCUCAGACAUCACAAAGCGUAGUGCCAAAGUGUCUUGGAAACACAGCCAACAAGAUGGUGGCUCUCCUAUCACACAUUACAUCAUAGAGAAGAAAGAGGCUUGGAAGACAUCUUGGCAGCCUGUGGAAAGAGUCAGCCCUGACAAGCUGACCUGUGAACUGACACAUCUUCAGGAAGGUCAAGAGUUGUUCAUACGUGUCCUGGCUGAGAAUGUUGCUGGUCAGUCCAAGCCUCUGGAAGGAGAGAAUCCACUGGUCCCUAAAUCACCAUACAACAAACCUGGAGCACCUGAGAAUCUGAAAGCCACAGAGGUCACAUCCAAUUCUGCAAGCCUGGUCUGGAAGCCUCCAACUGACACAGGAGGUCUGCCCAUAACCUCCUACCAGGUGGAUCGUCGUGAUAAACGCUGGGGCUCAUGGAUUAAAGUGGGUGUCACUAAAAGCAACACCAUGGAUGUACCUUCACUGUUGGAAAAUGCUGAGUACUUUUUCCGCGUUGCUGCUGAAAAUGAGGAAGGCCUUGGUCCAUUUGCUGAAAUGGCAGAAGCCAUUGUCCCUAUUAAAGAGCCAGUGGCCCCAGACAGACCUGUUGGUCCCAUACGAUUCAGUCAGAUUGAGGCUACCAGCCUAAAUAUGGAAUGGUUCCCACCAAGAGAAAAUGGUGGUGCUCCAAUCACUGCCUACAAAGUAGAAGUCAGCUCAAAGCAGGAGGUGUGGACAGAGAUUACCCUAACAGAUGCUGAUGUCACCAAAAUCAAAGUGAAAGACUUGACAGAGAACCAAAAGGUUUGGUUCAAAGUGACAGCCUUCAACAAAGUUGGAGCCAGCAAGCCUCUGGAAUCAGAUUCUGUUGUUCCACAAAGACAGAAAGGUCCACCUAGUCCACCUACACGACCUAUCAAUGCCAAAGUCUUAUCACGAGAUUCAGUUUCACUUGAGUGGGGACCACCAGAGGAUGAUGGAGGCUCUCCAGUUACUGGCUACAUCAUUGAGAAACGAGAAGCUCUUAGAAUGAACUGGUCUCGGGUGGACAAGACAUUGACAGAUGCCACACUGCUGACUGUUAAGAACUUGAUUGAGGGCAGCGAGUUCUUCUUCCGCAUUGCAGCAGUCAACAAGCAAGGGUCCAGUGAGUUCUUAGAAAUGGACAAGCCUAUUAUGGUCAAAUCUCCAUUUGAGAUCCCAUCCCCACCUGAAGCCCCUUUGAAAAUAAUGACAGUGACUCAAGAUUCAUGUGAUCUAGAGUGGUCUCCAUCCAAACAUGAUGGUGGUUCACCCAUCCUGCAUUAUGCUGUUGAGAUCCGUGAGUCUCGUCGAUCAAUGUGGGGUAGGGCUGGUCUGACCAAGGGCCCUGUCACCAAAUACACUGCUCGUAAUUUGGUCAUCAACAAUGAGUACUUCUUCCGCAUUAGGGCAAUCAAUGCAGAGGGAGAAAGUCAACCAUUAGAAGGAACUGAGUCUGUCACUCCAAGAACAAAACAAGUUCCUCCAGGCAAACCUAGAUCUAUAAGUGUCCCUAAGACUACAGAUGAAGGUCUUACUGUAGAGUGGACACCACCAACAAAUGAUGGUGGCUCAAAGAUUAAGAAAUACAUUGUUCAGAUGAAGGAAGAUACUCCAUCCUCUAAGUGGACUGAUGUGGCUACCACUGAGGGAUUCAACAACAAGGUGACCAUUCCUGGCCUCGAUACCAACAAGAAAUACAAGUUUCAAGUUGCUGCUGAAAAUGAAGUUGGACUUGGAGACUACCUAGAGACUGAUCGCCCAGCUGGACCCACCAAGGCCAUUAAACCUCCAUCACCACCACAGAACCUAAAAGCUGUUGAAAUUCAGCGUGAUGCUGUCAGCAUUACCUGGGAGCACAGCCAGAAUGAUGGUGGCUCCCCCAUCACAAACUACAUUGUUGAGAAGAAGGAGACAUGGAAAACAUCUUGGGCUCAUGUAGACAGAGUUAAGGCUGUUGUGACAUCAGCUGAAGUUUUGUAUCUGACUGAGGGUACCUCCUAUGAGAUCAGAGUAAUGGCUGAGAAUGCUGCUGGUAUAUCUGAGCCUGCCAUCCUAGCGGAGGCUAUCAUACCACAGAGUCCUUACAAGCCACCAUCUGCACCAGUGGGCCCACUUGAGGCUACCAAUGUCACCAGCACAUCAGCUACCAUCUCAUGGAAACCUCCAGAGAAAGAUGGUGGGCUUCCUCUCAAGAAAUACACAAUAGAACGCAGAGAUGCUAAGAGGCAAGCAUGGAUGAAGGUGGACUCUGUGAAACCCACAGUUCAUACAUUUGAAGUCACUGGACUGAUGGAGGGUAACAACUAUGUAUUCAGAGUGUUUGCAGAAAAUGCAGAAGGCAUGAGCCCUCCAUUGGAGUCUAGUGUUCCCAUCACAUGUCGCAGGGCACCAGAAAAACCUGGCUCACCAUCAGGCAAACUUAGGGCCAGUAAAAUCCUCCCAGAUUCUGUCACUCUGGAUUGGUUACCACCCUUGGAUGAUGGUGGCUCACCUCUUACUGCAUAUAUAAUUGAGGCCAUGGACAGCAAAUCAAAUGAUUGGAAGACAGUAGCUGAAGCUGACCCUAAUGCUACUCGCCAAUUAAUAAGAAAUCUGACAGAAGGGGAGACUUACAGAUUCAGGGUCUGUGCUCAAAAUGCUAUUGGUAGAAGUAAACCUGUGGAAAUGGAAACCACAGUUACACCCAGCAGACCUAUGGAACCACCCGGAGCUCCUCGAGGUCCACUUAAAGCUGAGAAUGUCAGUAGAGACUCCAUACUGAUUUCAUGGCAGCCCCCUCUAGAUGAUGGAGGGUCACCUAUUACUCACUACAUUGUGGACAAACUAGACAUCCAGAGAGGUGGUUGGGUCAGAGCAGCUCGAAUCCCUGCCACUGGCAAUAACUGUACAGUCAGUGGCCUUGUGGCUGACCAUGACUACAACUUCAGGGUGUAUGCAGAGAACAAGAUUGGAGCUGGUGAACCUCUGGAGAUGAAAGCUUCAGUCAAAUGCAAGAGUCCUUACAGUGUCCCAUCUUCUCCAAGGGACAUGGUUAUCUCAGACAUCACAGAUGAGUCUGCCAACAUUGAGUGGUCUGCCCCUGAGAAUGAUGGUGGCGCUGAACUCACUGGCUAUCUAAUAGAGAAGAAAGAGGCAGGCAAGCAGCAGUGGACUAGGGUUGGGCACACAGAUGCCAAGACCAGAUCUAUCAAAGCUCGCAACCUGCUGGAAGGUCGACCUUACUCUUUUAGAAUAUUAGCAGAGAACCAGGAAGGCUUGAGUGAACCUUUGACUCUGCUAAAGCCAAUAACACCAGAAAAACCACUAGAAUGCCCUGGAGCACCUCAGAAUGUUGAAUGUAUUCGUAUUGAUCGUGAUUCUUUGACAUUAGAGUGGGAGAAACCCAGAGAUGACGGUGGUGCAACUAUCAAGGGUUACACAGUGGAAAAGAAGGAGGGUAAAGCUGCUUCUUGGGGGCCUGCUGCUGAAUCUGACUCAACUACUUGUAAAUGUACAGUCAGGGACCUGAUUGAAGGAUAUUCUUACGAGUUCAGAGUCAGGGCCAAGAACUCUGUUGGUCUUGGAGAACCUGGUUAUCUCAAAGCACCUGUCAUUCCAUCUAAACAACUAGAGAAACCUUCUGCACCAAAGGGACCUUUAGAUAUCAGCAGCAUCACCGAAGACAGCGUUGUCCUAUCUUGGGACUCACCACAUACAGAUGGAGGUACUCCAAUCACACAUUACAUAAUAGAGAAAUCUGACUUGAGGCGACCCAAAUGGAUACGCAUGGAUUCUAUCCCAGCAGACAGCACAACCUUCAAGGCUGAGAACUUACUGGAAGGUGUGGAAUACAAGUUCCGUGUGAUUGCAGAGAAUAAAGUGGGUCUAAGUGAACCACUAGAAACAGAAAAAGCUGUCAUGCUGAAGUGUCCUUAUGGUCCACCUGGAAGUCCAACUGGUGAGAUCAAAACACUUCAGAUCACUAGAGACUCUGUCACCAUCCAGUGGCACCCUCCCUUAUCAGAUGGCGGCUCACCCAUCACCAGCUAUGUGGUGGAGCGCCUUGAGGAGGGCAAAAAAUCCUGGAUGUACUGCGGCCGAACAGACGGUAGUGUGAACAUAUUCACCUGUGGUGCCCUGUCAGAGAACAAAGGGUACUAUUUCAGGGUCUAUGCAGAGAACAAAUAUGGUCGCAGCAAACCUUUAGAGUCUGGCAUCGCCAUUAUUCCAAAGAGAGUUUUUGCCAAGCCCUCAGCACCAGAACACCUAAGGGCUGAAAAGAUUGACAAAGACUCCCUUACCUUGGUCUGGUCUCCCCCUGAGGAUGAUGAUGGAACCAUUACCAAAUAUAUCCUUGAGCAGCGCCUGGCAGACUCUGACAAGUGGGAGAAGACAGCUGAAGUGUCUGGAAAAACUAAAUGGUUCAUGGCCAAGAAUUUGCCUCCUGGCAAGUCCCUUGUCUUCCGUGUGUUUGCUGAGAACCCUGCAGGCAGAAGUGAACCCACAGAGCUCUCCAGUCCAGUGGCCCUGAAAGUGGUUAAAGAAAAACCAAAGGCUAUCAAAAAAGCUCCUUCCAUUGAAGAGAUUGGAGAAACGUUUGUUCAGCUGUCUUGGAUGCCUCCAGAAUCUGAUGGAGGAUCUCCUGUCACAGGCUAUGUCCUAGAGAGGAUUGACAUGAGUGGAAGGUCCUGGCUACCUGUGACGAAGCAGCCUAUCAAAGAAACCAGCUAUCGUGUUACAGAGCUGAAGAACAAUCUGACCUAUGAGUUCCGUGUCAGGGCUGUGAACAGUGUGGGGGUAUCUGAACCCUCACCUUCGUCUGAGCCUUUUAUGUGUGGCCACAAGAUAGCUCUAGCAGCACCCAAGUUUCUUGCAGAGUUUGGAGAUCUGUCUGUGCCAGUUGGCCAGGAUGCCAAAUUUACUUGUCAAAUAAUUGGUUUACCUGCUCCAGAAGUAUCCUGGUACCGUAAUUACCGUGAAGUGUAUGAUGGACGCAAGUGUUGGAUCAGACACGAGGGACUUAACUAUACCCUGUUCAUCAAGAAUGUUGAAUUUAGUGAUGCCGGCGAUGUGGAAUGCCAGGCUAGAAACCGUUUUGGUGCUGUGAGCAUUAGAGCCAAGCUACAUGUUCUUGCUGCACCUCAGAUAGACUACCAAGACAAAAAGGGCUUGAGGUUCUGUAAAGGUGACACUAUCAAGGUGAGAAUGCCUAUCACUGGCACCCCAACACCACUGACCACCUGGACCAGAGGACGGGAAAUCCUGGAAGUUGGCAGCCGUAAAGGUCGUGUUGACAUUGCUGAGACCAACUUGCACACUACCCUUAUCAUUGAAGAUUGCCUCAAGUCAGAUGAAGGGGUCUACACUCUGCAAGUUGAGAACCAACUGGGCACAGCCACUUUGGACAUUCCUAUUGCUGUAGUUGAACCACCAGACCCACCAAAGAAACCAGAAAUUAAAGAAGUAGACAAGCACAGUGUUGAGUUAACCUGGUGUCAGCCUGACUAUGAUGGUGGAUCUCCUAUUACUGGCUAUGUGGUGGAGCGCAAGGACCCCAUCACUGGAAUCUGGAGGUGGGCUCUAGCCACCCCUGAUGCUUACUGCACUGUGGCUUGCCUAGACGAGCAUGGGGAGCACAAGUUCCGAGUGAUGGCAGAGAACAGAUUUGGUGUGAGCGAGCCCAGUGAGGAGUCUGAGCUGGUGGUGACUAAGGAAGCUUUGCCCAAUAUUGAUUACAAUGAUCUUUAUGACAGUCAGUACUUAGGAUCUGUGGUUGACAUCAACUGCAUCAAAGGAGAUGUCUCAGGAAAAUACAUCAUUUGUGAAGAACUUGGCAGAGGUGCUUUUGGAGUUGUUCACCGAGCCGUAGAGAGAGCCACAGGCAAGAACUGGGCAGCCAAGUUCAUUCAUUGUCGACCACAAGACAAGGACAUCAUUCGCCAUGAAAUUGAUAUCAUGAACAGCCUUCACCAUUCCAAACUUCUGCAGCUUCAUGAAGCCUUUGACCAGAGAGGAGAGAUGGUGAUGAUUCUGGAAUUACUGAGUGGUGGGGAGCUGUUUGAUAGACUGGUGGAGAAAGAGUACACUCUGACAGAGGAGGACUGUAUCACCUACAUGAAACAGAUCUGUGAGGGUGUACAACACAUGCAUCACAGCAACAUCCUGCACCUGGAUCUAAAGCCUGAGAAUGUGAUGUGUGUGACCAGAGACAGCAAUGAUGUCAAGAUUAUAGACUUUGGCCUUGCACAGAGGCUAGAAGAAGGCAAGUCUGUCAAAGUUUUGUUUGGAACUGCAGAGUUUUGUGCCCCUGAGAUCAUCAACUAUGAACCAGUGUCAUUCUCUACAGAUAUGUGGUCACUUGGAGUUGUCUCCUAUGUGCUGCUAAGUGGCUACUCUCCAUUCGCUGGAGAUGAUAACCAUCAGACACUGCAGUUUGUCAACCAGGCAGACUAUGAUUUUGAUGAUGAAGUCUGGGAGCAUGUGUCAGAUGAUGCCAAAGACUUCAUUAAACGACUGCUGAUCAAAGACAAAAAGCAAAGGAUGACCAUUGAUGAAGCUCUAAACCAUCCCUGGCUUAAUCCUGGCCUUCUUUCUGCUACAGCUUUGAUUGAUGGCUCAGCCAAGAAGAAGCUUACUGGACAGCCACUUUCCACUGCUCACCACAAAGAUUACCGUACUCGUACUAGACAUAAGGAGGAUGAGCUAGAUGUUCUCCCUAUUGGUAAAUUGUCCAGGGACAGCGCUGUCAUGAGGAAAGAAGGAGAUGUUGGUGUGGUCAUGAGAAAACUUGUUAUGGAACUGCCAGAGCAUGCACCUUCAUUCCUUGAAGAGCUGUCUAGUGUCACAGGCUAUGAAGGGUCAAGGACACAGCUGGCCUGUAAAGUUAUUGGCAAAGCAACGCCAAGCAUCACAUGGUUGAAGAAUGGUGAGAAAGUUCCAGAAGAUGAUAAACACCGCACCACAUUCAAAGAAGGGGAGGCCACCCUCCAGAUCAGUGACUUGAGUACAGAGGAUGCUGGUACAUACACUUGCAAGGCAGUCAAUGAUUUGGGUGAGGCUGAGACCAGCGCUACCCUCAGUGUAGAAGAGGUGAGACACAGAAGAAAGAGAAUGGAGGAUGAAGAAGCCAGUGUUAGAUUGGUGCGUCCAGCACAUGAGUAUGACAUGACAAUGAUUGACACCAACAUAGCUCCAGAGUUUACUCUUCCCCUUAUUGACCAGUCAAGGGCUGUUGGUGAAGAGGUCACUUUCACAGUUACAGUAACUUGUCGACCAGAACCAGAUGUGACCUGGUUCCAUGGUAAGGAGAAAAUAGUUAGAUCAGACCGCAUAUCAUUCCACCAUGAGAAAGGAGUCUAUCGCUUGGUUAUUCACAACCUUGCUACAAAGGAUGCUGGAGAGUAUAGGUGCCAGGCUAUCAAUGCUUAUGGCGAGGCCUGGUGCUCUUGUGACUUGAAAAUUAUUGAACACAUUCCAGAAGGCCAUACCAAACCAAGAUUUGUCAGAGAGCUAGAGUACAUGACAGUCACUCAGGGAAGCCUGGUCAGACUGGAGUGUGCUGUGACAGGAGAACCUCAACCUAAGAUUAAAUGGUACAAGGACAGGUUAAGAAUCGACUCUGAUGCACACUAUAAGAUUCGCAGCUACGACGAUGGCACCGCCACCUUGGUUAUUGAAGGUGCCGAUGUGGAAGAUGCUGGCUCCUACAUGUGUGUGGCAGAGAAUGAUGCUGGCUCUGUCAGCAGUGAGGGCAAGAUCAGAGUCCAAAAAGUGUAUGAUGAGAGGCCAUCCCAAGCUGUGAUCACCACCAAGCUAGAUGCCAGGGCUAAGGGGGAAGAAGCUCCAUUGAAAAAGUAUCAGCUCAAGGUUCCACCAGAUUUUACAGCCAAGCUAAAGAACAAGACAGCACCAGAAGGUAGUACUGUCAGGCUGAACUGUUCAGUCACUGGAAUUCCAGAGCCUACCAUCCGAUGGUUUAGAGAUGGCCAAGAAAUUUUUGAUGGACCUGAUUAUACUAUGAGAAACAACUAUGGCCUCCUGUCACUGGAGAUAGUGUUUGCCAAACAAAGUCUGGCUGGGAAAUAUACAGUGGAGGCCUCUAACAGUGAGGGAACUGUUUCCUGUUCCUGUAGUGUAGAUGUGGAAGCAGGUGAAGAAGAGCUGACUAGCUUGGAGCUAGAUUUCCUUCGGCCAAAAUUCUUGACUCAGAUUGAAGACAUUUAUGUCAAUGAAGGGGAGGAUGCUACCUUCACCUGCACAGCUACUGGUAAACCAAUGCCAGCUUUCAAAUGGCAACGAGACAUGAUCAAUGUAACACCAGGAAGGUAUGUUGACUCCCAAUGGGACAACCAAGGUCAUGCCUCACUGACUCUUCGAAAGGUGAGACCCACUGAUGGUGGUCUGUACUACUGCAUAGCUCACUCCAGGUCAGGCAGAGCUAAGUGCUCAGCAUAUCUCCAUGUCAAAGCCAAAUCUCCCUCUCCUCUGAGCACCAAAGAUGCAGUGGAGUACGCCAGGCACCCAGCCAGGGAAGGAGCUUCAGUGGAGCGAGGUGGUACCCUGGGCUCUCCACCCAGCCUUGUUCUCAUGCUACCCAGCUCACUGGAUGUAGUUGUAGGAGAGAGGCUGAAGCUGGACUGCUCCGUGCAAGGCUUCCCUGUUCCAUUAGUGACUUGGCACAAAGGAGACAGAGAACUCAUGUAUAGCCAGAGACAUCGCAUCAUCUUGUGUGGCACACUGCAUACCAUGGAGAUACCACAGACAAUGGCCCUGGAUAGGGGAGAGUACAUUGUCCGGGCAACUAACAUUUAUGGCACAAUUGAAACAUCCUGCUUUGUCAACAUCUUGCCCAAAGGGUCCAAGGUGAGCACACCACCAGACUACAGGAGAGAAGCCAUGAGAGAUACAGCCAAAAUGUCUUCUCAAGCUAUAGAUGAAGACUAUGAUGAUGAGGAGGUCGAGCGUGGACCAAAACAACCUCAAGCUCCAUUCUUUAUUAAACAUUUGCCCAAGACCAUUGAUGUGAUGGAAGGGGUAGACGUCAGGUUAGACUGUAUCCUUCGACGGGGCAUUGAGUUAGUCAGGUGGUCACCAUCUUCCUCCGAUAUUGAAAAAGCUAAAAAAGAUCUGGCUGAUGAAGGCUUCAGUGGAGAGUUCAUUCCAACCACACACAGUUCUAAGUCUGAAGACAAACCUUCAGAUGGUAAAAGUAGAUUAGAACACCCAAGCUUUCUCAGCACACCAAACAACUUGGAGAGACCAGUAGGAAGUGAAGCUGUUUUUGAAUGUACUAGUGCAGGGACCCCAGAACCAGAGAUCAAAUGGUACAAAGAUGGCAGGUUGUUGAUAGCAACUGGCUCUGUACAGAUGACAAGUGUAGGCAACAAACACAAGUUGAGGUUGAAGAACCUCCUGAGAUCAGACGAGGGAGAGUAUGUGUGUAAAGCCACAUCACUGGCAGGGACAAAAACCUGUGGGGCUGUUUUGACGAUAGUUGAUGAUUCCUCUGUCCGCAGACCCUCUCAAACGCAACCAGUAGUUGAAGAGGAUUAUCAACAAUCAUCAUCCAGCAAAGCACAGGAAUCAAGUCCCAGAGAAGAGAAACUAGACUCUAGGCCAGAACAGAAACAGUCUGAGCAGCCUAAAGGCCAGAAACAAGCUUUACCCUAUGAGAAACCUGUCCAAGCGUCAUUCUCUCAGAGCCUACCCAAGACAACCAAUGCUAGCCAUGGCCAGGAUGUUGACCUGACAGUCCAGGUGUCCACUGGUGAAGUGGCCAGCGUCAAGUGGGAGAAGGAUGGCAAAGAGCUUCCCAAAGAGGCUCGCUAUUUUGUGUCCUGUGAUGAAGCCUCUCACCAAUACAAACUGACCAUCGUUCAAGCCACAGAACUGGACUCUGCCAAAUACACCUGUGUGGUCACUCUGAAGAACAAAGAUCUUAUUCACACGUCCACAAAACUAGACAUAGCAGCUGAAGAAUCUAAACUAGAAGAUGGGUUCAAACCUCACUUCACAAAUUUACUCAAAGACACAACCAUCAGGGAUGGGGAAGGGUUGACACUAGAAUGUGAUAUUGAAGGCCAGCCCAGGCCCCAGAUCUCUUGGAUCAGAGAUGGAGUGGAAAUAUUUGACAGCCAGGACUUUGAAAUCUCCAUGAUCGGGUCUCACUGUAAGCUACAAAUAAGUGAAAUCUAUCCAGAGGAUGAAGGCAAAUAUAGCUGCAAAGCAGUCAACAAUCUAGGGGAAGCAAUUUCAACAUGCUAUGUCACAGUGGAAGAGCUAGGCGGUUACUUGUCUGCCGACUCGGCCUCCACUACGUCCUCCACUAGUCACGGUCAAUCUAAAAAUAAAAGACAGACUGUUGAGGUAAACAAACAGAAACUUAGGAAAAAGGAAAAAGAACAACCGGAAACAGCUCCGGAGCUAGUGGUCAAGCCAAGACGACAAUUUACGGACGAAGGGGCAGAGGCCAAGUUCAAAUGCAGCUUUGACGGCCCUGACAGUAGCAAGUUGUUCUGGAGUAAAGACGGCACUGUCCUGAGCGCAGACCAUCACUACAAGGUUUAUGAAUCUGACGGUUUUCAUUACCUGGAAGUAGUUCAAGUCGUUGCAGACGACACCGGCGUGUACACAGUUACAGUGAUCAAUUCUGCUGGAUCAGAUCAAGCUUCAGCGGAAUUAGAAGUCUUUGUCAAACCCAAAUUAUUAUCUAAAUCUGGACCUGAGUGGGAUCAACCCUUGACUGACAGCACAGUUCAUCUUGGAGAUGUUGGAGUCACAUUCACAUGCAUUGCUAAAGAUCUGACCAAGCCAACUGUCAAAUGGUUUCAUAAUGAUAAAGAAAUUGUCUCUGGAUUUCAUAUCAAACUGACCCAUGAAGGACAAAGAACCAGUCUCACAUUUAAGGACAUAAGGGCUGCUGAUGCAGGACAUUUGAAGUGUAUCAUGUCUGGAGCUAAUGGGCAGUUAGAAACUUCAUGCCUUGUUUCAGUCUCAAGUGAUCCUGAAGAAGACAUGGAGCCUCCAGUGUUUCUUAGAGAACUUCAAGAUCAGGAAGUACAGGAAGGGGACAGAAUGGAGCUGCAAGUAGAGGUCAAAGGUUGUCCACCAAUAGAAGUUUUCUGGUUUCACAACAAUGUAGAGAUUACUCCUGAUAGCCCUGGUUUCUUGCUUGCCUCCCUUGGCUGUGUUCACACUCUCACAGUGCCUUGCAUCAUGGCAGAAAGCUCAGGGGAGUAUGUUUGCGAAGCUUAUAAUGACUGGGGUGAUACAGACACCUUUUGUUUGGUAGAUGUCAGAGAAGUAGAGCACCCUGAAGCCCCUGACUUCCUCACCCACACCAUCACCCGCAACGCCUGCGAGGGACAGUCUGUGACUUUCAAAUGUCAAGUCAAAGGUCACCCACUGCCAAGUGUUGUGUGGGAAAAAAAUGGAGUCCCACUGUCCUCAAAUCAAAAGUACAAGAUGACACAGAUCAAAGACCAGCAUACACUGACCAUCAAUUAUGUUGACCAGUCAGAUGAAGGAGAUUACAUUUGUCAUCUGCACAAUAUGGUUGGGGAGGCAUCAGCUGUUUGUGUUUUGAAGGUCAAAUCAGAGAAUGCACAGAACAGCACAGCAGAGACUUUGAAAGCCAGGCUAAGUCGGCUAACUGAAAUACAUUCAAAGCUAGAGGCCAGCCAUACUGCACAUCCUAGUACUUCUGUCUUAUCAUUUUCUGCUGUGUCUAAUGAAGGAGAUGGUCUGAAGGAGAACAGUUCAACCAACAGAUCUUCAACUUAUCACCAUUCCCCAGUGCCAACAAAAACUGUUCAUUCAUCUAAUUCACCUCAAAGUAACCAGACUGUCAAAGCUAAACUUUCAACAGAAGUGCCUUCUUUGUAUUCAAACAUUUCCAAAAUGCCAGAUUCUAAAUUGAAAGAGAACAGUUUGUCUAGAGUUAAUCAGGAGACACAAAGAAAGGUAGACAACCCAACAGACUUCAGAUCAGUUUUGCACAAAUCUAAUAACACAGACAAAACCAAAAGUAGUUUUCCAGCUGAUCUAAAAAGGUCAGAGGUGAUAGAUUUCAGAAAUGUACUCAAGAAUAAAGUUGAUAGCCCAAGAGCUGAGAUGUCUGGUUUAAAUAUUGACGAUUUAGAACUGCUGGAGGUCACUUUAAAGACUAGUGAUAGUAGAUUCAGUAACAGUUCUGAAGUUGAAAGUGGUUUUAUGAAUGACUUGGAGACAGAAGAUAGAAAUUUGUAUAAUACAUUACCAGGACUCUCUAGAAAAUCUCAGUGGAAGUAUUCAGCGGAUCAAGAUGUGCAGGAUGCUGGAUACAGGGGCUUUGUGGAUAGUCUUUUAGACUCAAGCCCAGAGCUUUGUAGUGACACUUACUCACGGAAUAGCAAUUUAGUCUCUAAUAAAGAAUAUUCAUCUGACUCAGACAUACAUUUAGAAACACCACAUCUUAAGAAAAUGACAGCCUUAUAUGAAGAGGCAGACAAAGUGCAGGGUGACAUAUCUCAGCUCUGUAAUCUUCCCUCAGAACUCAAGACAGAGGCCACAACUAAUGCUGUAGAUCAAUACACUGCAAUUCCUGUUCAAUUUGUUGAACCAAUCCAUGACAAAAGCUCAACCAGAACUACAGAGAGAUCAUUUGAGGUGACAAUGUCAAGGCCCAUACAUUUUGUGCAAUCUUCAACCAGUGUACAGUUCAACUUUGAACUGCAAAGUGAAUUAGAGCAACCAGAACCAGAAGAAACAAAUAAAGUGGUCAGUUAUAUACAGUUUACGCCUAAAUCUACUUCCAAAUCUUUGUCUAGCUUAAACCUUUCUCCACACCAUCUUUCUGAGAACAAAGAGCUAUUACCAAAGGGCACUGCUGAAAUAAUCCAUGAUGAUGAUGAUGUAUUUGCUGAAAACUUUAGCAUGACAACAUCUGGGCUGACAGUAGCUGAGGUAGAGGCAUCACAAGAACAUGAUGCUAAAUGGGAGGAUGAUAACUCUAAUUCUGUAGUUCUAAGAAACAAGAAAGUAAGCAAAAAUUCAGCACAGGUUCGAUUCGCUAGAACGUCUGAAGAUUUGACAAAAUACACAAAUGAAGAAAAAUCACCCAGGGUGUCGUCUGGUUUCAAAACCUCUUCAAAAUCAACAUCUUCUUAUGAACCUCAAGAGAAGCCAGAGUUUCAGUGUGUUCAGCUGAGACCUGCUGUAACCAAGCAUGUUCAGAGUACUGACUUAAGGUCAAGCAAAAAUUUGUCCAAGUCCACAGAGUCUUUGUUUAAAGUGAAACUUAAGCCAGUGGCUCCAAAAACUGAUUCAUCCUCUUGGAAAAAAUCUCAGACAGCUUCAAAUCUGCUGAGUGCCAAGUCCAAAUCUAAAAGUAAUGUCGACUUAGUGGACAGGGGGCUCUAUCAAAGACCAUUCAGGGAUAAAAAGACAUCGCCAUCAAGAAUGGAAGAGAUUCCAACUUCCUCUUACAGAGUAUCCAAAAGUAUCAUGGGAGAUACAAGAUCAAGUCAGCCAAAGGAAUCGUUUGCAACCAAAAGAUCUAGCAAGCUUAAUGAUGCUGAAAAACAAAGUCUGGAAUCCAGAAGUAACAAAUUUGCUCAUAUCAGAUAUGUUAGUCAAGAUCUGAGUGUGCAGAAGGAGUUGAAGAAAGAUACAACAGUAACUAAGGAGCCAAGUAUUCAGGCUAAGGUUGCUGAAAAGAAAAUGCUUGGGGAAAUAGGGAAAUCCUUGUCCAAUAGCAAUAUUCUCAAUGGAGGAGAGCCUAUAGAUACUCCACAAACAUAUUCCCAUAGACAUGAAAGUAAAAGACACUCAAUACAGACAGAGUCAUCUCCUUUAGUAUCUCGUAGUGAAACAAAGUUAAACCAAGCUUCUCUGAAAGAUUCUCGCAGUUUAAGCAAAUCUAUUGGCAAUUUGGACACUUCUACUUCAUCAAAGGUAUCCAGCAAACGAGAACUUUUUGAAAAUUUAGAACAGACAAGUAAACCCAACUGGCAGAAGAUCCAGAAUAGUGGUGGUGAUAGAGCGAAGAAAAUUUCAGUAGCAAAAGUGUCUACAAGGAAAGAAUCUGCCCAUGUGAAUACAAAGCCUGAGUGGAUAAAAAAUGCCACACACAAAAAUAUUGAUGAGAAAAUAAAAGCCUUAAAAAAAGAAAAGGAAAAAAUAAAAAAAGAAAAGGAAAAAAUGGACCACUCUAUAGUGCCCUCUUGGGUGAAGACAAAUUCUGUAAAAGAGAGUGAACUGAAUGAAAAAUUUAGAGAUGUGAUUAAACCAGAGAAGCAGUUUGGUGUGACAAGUAUCUCAGAGACUCCAUCUCCACAAUCCAAAGUUAAAACAGGCCCUCCGGUGGCUCCCAAGCCUGCGAAGGUAAUUGUGGAUCCAGCUAAAGAAGAACUUAAAGAAGACAUCUCAGAUACUAAGAUAAACCAAAUAGUUGCAAGAGAAACCAGAAAACCGCAAAUACAAAAUGAAAGCCCAAUAUUCAAAGACACUGGUUUGGCUAAGGCUGGUACAUUAGAAAAGGAUUUUUGCUUCAAAGAAGGAAACUCUUUAGAAUCUCUGAAUUCAAUAAAUACACAUACCAGCACUAUUUUUGCUUCUGAAAGCUCAGGAAUCUCUUUAAAUUAUCCAGAAGCUUUAAGAUCAUCAACUGAAGAUUUGGACUCUGUUAUCUCUGUAAGUUCCUCAUCAUCAGACGUAUCCUUGGCCACCGGUUAUCCUACUCAUGCUCAUGAUGAUUCAAUUCAUUAUUUGGCUUUGGGUGAUAAGGCUGAGGUGCAAGAUGCUUCCAGGAAGGACAAGAUCAGAGAGCUCAAAGACAAGCAACAGAUCCAUCUCACAGACGUGAUUGAAACAAGGCCUUCAACCUUCACCAAAGAAGAAUCUAAGGAAGAAAAUGUAGAACAGACAUCUACUUUGCCGAAGGAUAAGAGACCUGAGACACGGCUGGGCUCCACCAGUAGUCAAGACUCUGGUCUGAUUCUGGAUUUAUCCAACCCAGCUCUCAAUCCCUCAGACCUAAUUCUAGUUGAUGUAGUGACUGAUGGGUUUCCUGAUAAAACAGCUACAUCUGCAUGGCUCGGGCAUACCCACGAAGAUGAAAUGUCACCCGCUUUAAUUCUGAAAGAAAGGAGAGAAAGACGGGCCGCCAACAACAACAAAGAUUUCGUCAUUACAAAUGUUGAUCAGGGUCAAACACAAAACAAAAAUUUCAAUGGAAGGCAGUCUGAGGAAACUGAGCAAUUAGAAAGUCCACAAGCCUAUGACAGGCUGAAAGAAUUUAGGUCGAAAUUCCGAGACAGCAAACAUUGGGAAAGAGUGGACAUUGCUAGCACAGAUACAUCCAGAGAGUCUACACAGAUUGAUACAUUUAGGGAGUCUGCUCAUGCAUCCGAGUCAUUUGUUGGAAAAGAGGAGAGAAGGGUUCAGUCCAGGUUAAAAGAUAAAUUGAAAGACCUCCACUCGGAUUACACCUCUGCAAAGACAUUACCUGAAAAUUCCAAAAGCAUCCUCAUCAAUAGAGAUUCUGUGAUUAUCCGUACAGCUGACUUGGAAUCUUCCCCUUUGGGUGAUAUUGACCAAGAGGUAACAUCAAAUAAUGUCAGCAAAAGUAGGCUUGUAGAGGAUAUCACAAAGCAGAGAGCAUCAGAUGGUGUUACAAAGCUCGAGGGAUCUCGCAAGAAAAUCAGCUCACCUGUCAAUGAUGUAGCUGACAAGGUAUGGAAGCCAAAAGUGAAAGGAGAGCCUCCUUUAGUUGCAGUUGGUAAUGACAAGCCAUUAGAUUUCAUCCCCCAGUCUGACGUAGAUCCUAAGCACUUAGCUAGCUUUAAGGCCGAGGGCAAUGUUAAGUCGCUGGGUGAUUUGAAGUCUUCCAACAAUAAGGUGAACUUUAAAGGAGCAGCAAACAGUUCAGCAAGUGGGAAAGACCCAGCGGAAGUUGAGGUCUUGGCUUCAUCCUCUAUGACGCCAUCCAUGGGUCACCAUCCAUCGGAAGUUCAAACUUCAAUUUCCAACGUGGAACAUCAGUCUUGCCCACCCAGUUUCCCCUCUCUCUUGAGGGACGUCUUAGUAAAGUACGGAUGCAGAACUACUCUUCAGUGCUCUGUUCUGGGGAAUCCCACACCGGAUAUUAAAUGGCUGCACAACCUGACUCCUAUUGAGCCCAGCAAGAAGAUUGAAAUUCUGUACUCCAAUGGCGUCGCGAAACUAAUUAUAUUCGAGACUUUCAACGAAGACGUCGGGGACUACACCUGCUGGGCCAAGAACCCUUUUGGCAGCCUGUCAGCGCAUUGCAGACUGGAGCUAGAAGUCUCCAACAGGGAAGAGAGUCGUUCAUUCGAAGGGCCGGUCUCACGAGAGCCAAGAAUCUUGUCUCUGACUCCCAAGACUGUGUCCUUGUUAAAGGGUUCCAAGUUGACCCUGACCUCGACUUUCGAUGGUGAACCCAUCCCUGAGGUCAAGUGGAUAUUAAACGAGGAGGUGCUUGCUUCAGAUGGAAGAGUUGAGAUCACCACUGACAGCACUAGCAGUGUAUUGACCAUUCAGUCUGUUAGCCAGUCUGAUGCUGGUAAUAUGUUUGUGUGUAUCAGCAGUAGCAUUGGAACUGACCAAUCAGUAACCAACAUAAAUAUUGAAGAUGUUCCUGGGCCACCUCAAGGCAAACCUCAGGUUUAUGAGAUUAAUAAACAUUCAGCCUCCUUGUCCUGGAGCCCCCCCAGCUAUCUUGGAGGAUGCCCUUUGACACAUUAUACCAUUGAGGCUAAGAUGAGACAACAGACAACCUGGGAUGUUGUUGUACCUCAAUGCCAAGAACUUAACUACCACAUUCAAGAUCUGAAACCAUGUUCAACUUACCAGUUUCGAGUGCGUGCUUCCAACAAACAUGGAUUAGGUGCCCCUUCAGAGCCAUCCGACCGAACUAUUACCUCUGAACCUUUCAGCUCUAUCAGUGAUGACGAUUCAGAAGGGUAUCCAGAGGUAUUUACACCAACCAUUGAAUAUCGCAGAACAGAUGAUCUGCCUUUUGAACCAAGAGUGGUAACUCUAAAUCGCCAAGACAAAUUUCAAGAUCUGUAUGAGCUGGAGAAUGAAGUUGGAAAAGGAAAGUUUGGUGUUGUCUACAAAUGUAAACAGAAAAAGGAUGGAAAAACUUUUGCUGCCAAAAUCUUGAAGAGCAGAGAAAAGAACAUGAUCUUGCAUGAGAUAGAGAUUAUGAACUGUCUGAGACACCCAAAGCUUUUGCUGCUGUGGGAUGCUUAUGAGGAGUUUAGGAGGAUUAUCUUAGUCAUGGAAUAUGUUGGUGCUGGUGAGCUGUUUGAACGAGUCAUAGGGGAUGAUUUUGUUCUGACUGAACGAGACUGUGUACACUUCCUGAGACAGAUCUGUGAGGGUGUCAACUACAUGCAUAGUUUGAAUAUCCUUCACCUUGACCUAAAACCUGAAAAUAUUCUCUGUGUGGCUGAAAAUUCAAACAGAAUCAAAAUUAUAGACUUUGGCCUUGCAAGGAGAUAUAACCCAAAUGAAACUGUUAAAGUUAUGUUUGGCACUCCAGAGUUCAUUGCCCCUGAAGUGAUCAAUUAUGAUGCUAUUAGUUACCAUACAGAUAUGUGGAGCAUAGGAGUCAUCUGUUAUGUUCUACUGUCUGGUUUAUCUCCCUUCCUUGGGGAUGAUGAAAAUGAGACCCUAGUGAAUGUCACAUCUGGUGAGUUUGAUUUUGAUGAUGAAGCUUUUGAACAGAUCUCAGAUGAAGCCAAAGAUUUCAUUAACAAACUUCUGCUGAAGGAAAAAGAAUCCAGAAUGCUUACAUCUGACUGCCUAGCACACACAUGGCUUAGUCAAGAUGAGGUAGAUGGAGUCAGGUACAAGCGUUUGAACACCGAACGAUUGAAGAAAUUCAUGGUGCGAAGGAAAUGGCUGAAAACUGGGAAAGCUGUUCUGGCUGUUGGUCGUCUUAUAAAGUCUACCAGUUUAAAUAACCUCUUCCGGAGCAGCAGCAAUGAUAGUCUGCUAAGUGCGUCCACUAUUACACCUGUCACCUCAUCAACUAAUUCUGUUGACGACGAAAUUGCAUGUGCUGAUGAAGCUGAGUUGACCUCAGAAAUCCAGGUUCAAACUGAAGCAACAAUCGCUGACAUUCAAAUCCAAGAUGAUGUCAGAGCAGAAAAGAUUGAAGCUAAUAUUGAAAAAAAUGUGAGUGUACCUCUGACAGAUUUGAAUGACAAUCAUUUACGGGGACAUAACCAGGAACAAACAUUUAACAACUCAAAUAGCUCAGAGCUAAAUAGGACUCAUCCAUCUGAUCCUUUGCUACAAUCUCUAAAAGAUUUACCCAAACAACCAAAGACUAAUCUCAUUGAAAAUAGGCUCAGGGAAACUGGUAUACCAGCCAGUGGUUCAGAAGGUAAGACAUCUUCAGAACCCAACUUUACCAAAACCAUGAAGAGGUCUAAGACCUUUGUGGGUGAUGUGGCCAGGUUUGACGUGACUGUAUCAGCCAAUCCAGAGCCUGUGGUCACUUGGUUCUUUGACAAUGAAGAGCUUCAUCCAGAUGACCGGCAUAUCAUCAGCAUGGACAAAAUCUCUGGCUCUCAUUGGUUGAUUAUUCGGGGAAUACAAGAAGACGAUGAGGGGGACUACUCAUGUAAAGCAGUAAACUCCCUAGGAGAAGUGACAUGUUCAGCAGAGUUAUCUGUCUUAAGUUUUUAACUGACCUAGCAAUUACAUUGUCUCACAUCAAGUUUAAUCAGUGAGUCUAGAGUCUCACAGUAAUAACACGAAAAAGGGAAACACACAUAGUGGUGAUAGUUUGAUCUGUGGACAACGGACACUUUACAUUUAGCACAAAAUAAAAGGAGCUCAAUAUAUCAAAAUAUCAACUCUUAGAAGCGUGUUUGUUUGUUCUUACUACAAGUGGUAUUUUACACAAAUCCAUAGCAUAAUGAAUUGGAAUGCUUUCAACCUUCACCCUUGGCGUAAGUUGUUCUCAUAACAUUUCAACAGUGAUAUAUUCAUAUGGGAUCAAUGUGAAUAAUUUGUUUUCAUUCAUUCAUUUCUAUUUUGUUUUUUAAAUAUUUUGUUCAUGGAUUACUUGUGUUAAUGGUUUAAUUUGUCAAACCCCACCAGUGAUUGUACUUCACAGAGGAUUUAAUUUAUUGAUUUUUUCUGUUAGAGAAGAGAUCUAAGUGAUUCUUUUUCUUCUGGUAUUCUGUAAGUACUCUAUCACUACCUGAUGUCAAACAUUCAUUGACUAUCUAGAUGUGAAUUUCUUGAACCAUGAUAUUUGAAAUAGUGAUAUAGUGAUAUUUUGUUUUCUAACUGGUCAGGUCUCAAUAGUGAGUUUUAAUUUAAUUUUAUUAAUAUAUGUGAGAGCACAAAUGAGCCACUAUAUUCAAAUAUAAAGUUUUACUUUUAGACAGUGUUACAAUGUUUUUAAAGCACAAAAAAAAAAAAAACUUGUUAUAAAGUUUCUCAAUAUCAUUAUAUAAAUAUUUUGGGGGAGCUUUACAAUAAAGAUGCAACAGGCCCAGAUUUGAUGGGAGAGUUUAACAGAGUUAACGGGACAGUUUAAGGAAUUGCCAGUGUGCUAUAUUUAAACAAAUCAAAUUGUAAUCAAAACCUCUGUUACAUAAAGACAUUAAACUUUUGUAUGGGAGUAACUAAAUGCUGACAUUUUCUUGAGGUUAGUGGAAGCUCACACGUGAAAUAGACAAGAAAUGCUUGCCUGCAAAGUACAUGCAGAAGCCCCUGUUUAACUGAUCUUAUAUGUUAAACUUUUCUUACACUUGUCUCAUACUUGUUAGUUUUGCCACUACCUACCUUCUAGGAGUCCAAUUUCACAUCAGGAUUACAUUCUUCUAAAUUCUAAGCUUAUAAGCAUACCAAAAUGUGCAUUCUAUUUGUAAAUGAAUGGAGCUUUGCAUGUUAAUUAGUGUUUACAUGUGAGUUCUUUCUUUAAAUCAUUAAUCAGGCCAAACUUAAAGUGUGCUUUUUUAAAAAUUAAAUGUAUAGAUUAAUGAUUUUCAAUCCCUUGAAAUUCUGAAACCACAUGAUUUUUUGCUGUUUGGUUACAGACCACCACUUAUUGUGCAGAAAUCACACACAGUUUGAUAAUUAGCAUGAUGGGGGAAUGUUACUGAAAGCACAGGUGGUCUGAUCAUCACUGGAUUCUGUUGAAAUUACGUUUAGAAUGACUGGUAAGGUUUAGAAUGACUGGUAAGGUUAUUAGGAGUACUUUUGAGGGAAACUAUUUGGUCCCAAAAACAUGUCAAGAGAAAAUGCUGCAAGGCUAUUGUAGCUGUGAACCAUUGCAACAUAGAAUCUCAUAUUCAAGAAAAAUACCACCAGAACUGGACAAUGAAAAAUUACAGUGGACACCACACUAUUUUGCCAUAUCUCCUGAUGCUGUUAGUAUUUCUUUGAAUGGUUCAUCAAUCCAAUGGGAUGCUUCAAAAUGAAAUGAUAUCUUGAGUCGUGACCUAAGCAUGGUUAGGUCAGUUCUUAGCAUUGAUGGCUGUGUGCAAUGCUGUAGUUAUGAUCCAAACUCAGUAAAACUUAAUGAAAGCAUAGCAGUGGAAAACAAAAGUGUUAGAUCUAGUGUCUUUGUGUUUUUGUGACAUUACAUUUAAAUCUAUUUAUGACACCCAUGUCCUUUUCCUAAUUCAAAGGAAUAUAAUUAAGUUUCUGGUUUUAAGCUUUAUAAAUAUAGUUUGCUAUUUUGUUUUUAGCUCAAAUAUUUAUGUCUGAUUUUGCAAAGACUUUUUAUAGUUGAUAGUUUUAAAGUCAAAGUUAAGCAAAGAUAGAGUAUGCUUUGCAAAGAUUUUUAAUUAACGUUUAACCUUCAACCCUAAUAUUCUGUACAUUUGCUUCAUUUUAGAAAUCAUCGCUUUGUCUCAAAAUAUUUUUUUUUUGUAACUGCCACAUAUUUAGUUUUUUUUGUGUUGUAUUUUUGUUUUAAAUUAACAUUUUGUAGAUCUUUUGACUACAAUGAUUGUAGUGAACCAUUGCUUUUAUCCCAUAUGAUAAGUGUUUUUUUCUUUUAUGUUAUCUUUUCUUUUUUUUUAAAUUAUGACCAUUUUUAAUGUGUUUAUUUAUUGUCUGAUUGAUACAUUUGGAGUUGAUUGAAAACUAAUAAACAUUUGAAAUAC